CUGUACUUUCAUUUUAAAACUUUCUACCUUUUUAUCUUCCAGCUGUGCUUGCUGUGCUAAACCAUUGCUUGUUUCUCCCAAAAGCAGAAUGCUGGUGUCUGGCCUCCAUAGGAAAGAUAUGGGAGUGGCUACAUCACCGAGAAACUGAUAUAUUUUGGCACAUUGCCGAGGGACUUUUGUGCUCUAAAGCAUUAGAAGCCGGAGAAAAGAACUGUUUAUAGCACUGAAAGUGAACACAAAUUCUUGCAUAACCACCUAUCUCUGUGCUCACACUUUUUUUCAACUCAUGGUAAUAACUUUAAACUUUACAACCAAAAUUAUGAUUAAGGCAAAAUAUUUACACUGUGACUCAAAACAGUAGUAAAAGUUUCUCUGACUAAGCAAGUUUGAUUCAAAUUUUUAGCUAUUUGAAUUUAAAAAGGAAGAUGACUGUCUGGGAUUUCACUUCCAGAAUCUUGUGAGUCAUCUGGCUGGAGCAAGAGUUGUUUUAAAAUACAAGGGGGGGGGGGGGGUGUUGGUUUUUUUUAAAAAAAUCGGCCUUGCACGUUGUUGUUUUUUUAAAAGAGGAGGAGUCAAGCUGAAAGAAAGAAGGAUGUGCUUGAACUCAUCAUAUCACAGUAUUUAAACUUAGUUUCUCAGAGUGGAACAGCUGUUUCAAAGGGUAGUUUAUUUUAAAAUACUGUAGUCAUAAUUUUAAAAACCAGAAAAGAAAAAAGCUUUUUAUAAAAGUAAAGAUGCUAUUUAAGUUGCAGAUUUUUGCAAUGUUUUGGGGAGCUUAUGGCUAUCAGCUCAUUCCCAGGAUUGAAGAGUGUGGACUGACAUGUUCUCAGGUAUGUUACAGUUUCCUCUAUAUCUGUUGUCUCUGAAUAAGUAAAUUAAAUGCUGAUAACUGGAAGCACCUGAUAUACUCAUGAAAAACUUCUUACAUGUGCCAGUUUUCAGGUGGGGGCUGUGCAUUUCAACAAAAAGAAAUAUAUAUUUCGUUGAGCUUUCCCUAAAAAUGUAAAAUAAAAGCAUAGGGCAAUAGCCAAUGUUAAUUAUACUCUGAGUAGACUCAUUUAAAUUAACGGCAUGUUCUGGAUAUGAGCAGCAUUCAGAGAGCACCCAUACAGUGUUGCAAAAAUUCAUAGAAACAUUUUUUGUGGCUGCGAAAGAAAAUUAUCUGCAUUUUGAAGUUAGCAAUGCUGAACUCUUUCUGGUUAUGUUUGAUACUAAAUGCUUAGUAACACAAGCUUUCAGGAACUGUUACUUCCAAAUAUUAAAAAUAUAAAAGAGGAAAUGAGAGAGAAAAAUCAGACAGAUAUAAUUCAGUCCAUAUUAGGAUAGUGUGCAGAUCACUUUGAUGCUGGUCAUAUUUGCUUAUAAACUAUGAACACUGAUGAAAUUAACAAAACAGUCGUGCCUAAACUGAGCACAGAAUUGUUUUAUAUCCUCACUGACUAUCUGCUUUCAUAUAAAGCGCUCAUUGAUUUAUAUGAUCACCAGGAGCUGGAAAAUAAACUAAUUUAGGUCAAAACUUUAAACUCAGUCAUUCCUGUGGGCUUGCGCACUUCUUAGGCUUGGGCUGUGUACUGGAUAUAAAUGAGAUAAAUAAACAACACCACUACAACCAUGUCAUUUUCAGAUUGAAUGACUGCUUUAAGAAUACUGACUUUUCAAGGUAUCUCCACUUGGGGGCAGACCUGCAGAUAUGCUGAAGUGGAAUACAAUUCGAGUAGUGAAACAAGGUUGAGCGGUUUAUGAAAGCAAAGUUUUCAGCUGAGAGCCACACGGUGUUAAGAAGUGCAGUGAGUUUGCUAACAGCAGGUAGCUGCAACAAAAUGUUGCCAUGCAUCCUUUCUCAUAACAGGAUAGGGUUUCUGCUAACCAGUCCUUCCAAGCGGGUUACAGUGGUACCUCGGGUUAAGAACUAAUUCGUUCCGGAGGUCUGUUCUUAACCUGAAGCUGUUCUUAACCUGAAGCACCACUUUAGCUAAUGGGGCCUCCCGCUGCUGCCAGGCGAUUUCUGUUCUAAUCCUGAAGCAAAGUUCUUAACGCGAGGUACUAUUUCUGGGUUAGCAGUGUCUGUAACCUGAAGCGUAUGUAACUUGAAGCGUAUGUAACCCGAGGUACCACUGUAUAUGCACACACACCCACACCCCUUUUAAAUGACUGAUCCUCAGCACUGCAAGGCUAUUCAGCAUGGACAAAGGACUGGAGUUCGGUUACAGAUCUCCAUGUCAAAGAUGCCAAGUUCAGUACCUGUCAUUUUUACGGUUGGGGGAGUCUGAAAUCUUAAAGAGCUACUGCUAGUCCUUAUAAGCAGUGCUCAGCUAGAUGGUGGGAUUUGUGCAUGGGUAGGCAAACUAAAGGGACGCGAGUGGCGCUGUGGGUUAAACCACAGAGCCUAGGACUUGCCGAUCACAAGGUCGGCGGUUCAAAUCCCCGCGACAGGGUGAGCUCCCAUUGCUUGGUCCCUGCUCCUGCCAACCUAGCACUUCGAAAGCACGUCAAAGUGCAAGUAGAUAAAUAGGUACCGCUCCUGCGGGAAGGUAAAUGGCGUUUCCGUGCACUGCUCUGGUUUGCCAGAAGUGGCUUAGUCAUGCUGGCCACAUGACUUGGAAGCUAUACGCCGGCUCCCUCAGCCAGUAAAGCGAGAUGAGCGCCACAACCCCAGAGUCGGCCACGACUGGACCUAAUGGUCAGGGGUCCCUUUACCUUUACCUAGGCAAACUAAAGCCCAGGGGCCUGAUCCUGCCCAAUCACCUUCUAAAUCUGGCCUGUGGACGGUCCAGGAAUCAGCGUGUUUUUGCAUGAGUAGAAUGUGUGCUUUUAUUUAAAAUGCAUCUCUGGGUUAUUUGUGGGGCAUAGGAAUUCAUUCAUUCCCCCCUCCCCAAAAUAUAGUCUGGCCUCCCACAAAGUCUGAGGGACAGUGGACCGCUGCUGAAAACGUCUGCUGACCCCUGUGUGUUAUCACAUUUACAGAAAAAGGGCUAAACUCACUGGGUAGUUUUAAAAGUUUGGAACAAGCUGGUUUUCUUCCGGAAAACUAAUAUGAAUCAAUUACGAUUGCUCUUGUUGGAUAACAGGAGUCACUUCUUGACGGGAUGAUUCAUCCUUCAUUUUGGGUGACUUGCUGCUUGUUGACUCCCUCCUGCUCAGUGUGACUUGCUCUCAUUGGAAGUUAUUACGAGGUGAUGACAUCUGGCGAUAUGUCGAAAUCUCAUUGCUAUUAAUCUGUAACGGCUCCUUCACACAUGCAAUUUAUCAGGCGAUGCACACAGUUGUUAAUUUCUUAUACGAUAACUAGGUUCCCCCCCCCCUUAUUUUUUAAAAAACCAAUGAAAAAAUGAAAUGAAACGUUUUCCAAAACUCAAACAGAGCGCACUGAGUUCCUGCAAAUACAUCACGACGUAGUCAGAUAUUGUACAGUGGUACCUUGGGUUAAGUACUUAAUUCGUUCCGGAGGUCCAUUCUUAACCUGAAACUGUUCUUAACCUGAGGUACCACUUUAGCUAAUGGGGCCUCCUGCUGCUGCCGCGCCGCUGGAGCACGAUUUCUGCUCUCAUCCUGAAGCAAAGUUCUUAACCUGAAGCACUAUUUCUGGGUUAGCGGAGUCUGUAACCUGAAGCGUAUGUAACCUGAAGCGUAUGUAACCUGAGGUACCACUGUAUACCUAAAGAAUGCAGUGCCUGAAUUCACCCUCAAACAUACCUUUCUUGAGCAACUUGUGUCACGUGUGAGUUUUGUUCAUAUGGGAUAGAAUAUGGAAGAGAAAUCAAAAUGACAUUGCUGCCCAUGAAGGUUUUAUAUCUGUGUUAAAAACAGAGGUAGCAAACAUCAGUGCUUUUUUUAAGUUUGGGAGGGCAGUGGUAUAGUGUGUCGGGGCAGAGGGGCAAUGGCCCCGGGUGCAAAAAGGCACCCCCACAACAGUCUCCUUCAUGCGACUGAGUUCCUGCCGCCUUCUGGAACCGAGGGGAGUGGGGAGGCAAGCCAUACCUGCACUGGUCUUUUGGUUUUGGGGUGGUGCCUCCUUCUCCUUGUGGCCGGCGAGGCGACACCCCUGGGCUGGUCAAGCUGGGAGAGUUGCCAAGCCGUGUGGCCACCGCCAUCAGCAGGGAGACACAGCACUUCCCCUGCCCUGGGCACCAGCAACCCCUGCUAUGUCACUGGCAGGGAGCAAACUAUUUGGACUAGAAAGCAGCCCCGCUCCAUCAUAAGCAAGCAAUUCCUUUAGGAAGUGUCUACUGAUGAGAAUGCCCUCGGAUACAUGUUUGAAAUGCAGAACAAGUCCAAAUUGACAGAGGAGUAUUGGGAGAUAAUCAUCUUAGGGUGUUCAUUUAAGCACCCAGCAGUAAGACAUUCCACUCCUUAAAUCAGUGGUGAAAUUAUACCCACUGCCAUAAUUUCAAAUGUUUUAAAAAUACAUUAAUAGAAGGGCUUUUCCCCCCAGUUGGAGCCAUCCGGCACCUUUUUUCUUAGAAAAAUAGCACUAGUUGAAAGUAUGGUCCACUGAUUUGGUUCUUCAGUUUCUGCAGAAAAGCCAUGAAAUUCUGAAACUUUAAGGUGAAUUAAGUGAGAAUUUUAUGCGGACUGUGUUUUCAUUUGGUUUGUUCUCUGUGCUCAGUCUGUAUAUUAAUUAUCACAGGGCACCCCCAGCCCACCCCCACCAGGAAGACUGACCUUUUCCUGCUUUUGCUUGUGUAGCUUUUCUGUUUCUAAAAGCAAUGCAUGCUACGAAAAAUGAAAUAACUGCAAAAACUGGCGGCAAGCCUAUUUUAAAGGUAUUGUAGCUUAUCUAACCAGGUCAGUUCUUUUGAACCCCCUGAUAAUUUGGCAGAAAAUGACACACUUAGUAGUGAGUACCCCCCCCCCCAACACAAUGGGACUUGCUUCUGAGUAAACAUAUAGAGUAUUAUCUAGCGGAGUAUUACAGGGAAACUUGAUGGUUUUAAUUGUAUCUUUAUGUUGCUUGCUCUUUUUUCACAAAAAUAAAAGUGCUAAAACGUGGAGAUCCCGAUCUCUCUCUCUCUUUCUCUCUGUCUCUGCCUCUCUCUGUGAAAGAAUAUGCAGAGGAGGAAAUAAUCAAGGCAAGCUGGGAUUCCCCUGUCAGAGGAAAGUUUGUUUUAAAAAGCAGUCAAUGAAUCAUGAGGGAGUUCUCUCCCUGUUGUGGCUUUGGCCUCUUAACCUUUCUUAUGGCUCAGCUAAGUAGCCUGUAACCUGUGUGUGUUGAAACCUGCACAACAUUAACACCUGGGGAAAGCUGUGAUCGCCAUAAUUUAUGGGCAAAUGCUUCGCAGCGGUUCGGGCUUGUGGCUUACGGCUUUAGGGUAUUAUUUAUUUAGUUAUUACAUUUUCAUACCGCCCUGCCUCCAAGGCGGUUCACAGCAUAAAAAUACAAAAUGGGAAAAACACAAAAUACAUAAUGAAACAAGAACAAGUGAUAAAAGCAUUUAAAAGACCAUAGGAUGUUAAUCAGCCAAAGGCCUGGUUACAGAGAAACAUAUUCUCCCAGCUCCUCAAGAUAUGUAGUGAGGGUGCCAGGUGAGCUUAUCUGGGGAGAGCAUUCCACAGACAGGGAGCCACCACAAAAAGGCCCGUUCUUAUGUUGCCACCUUCCAGAUCUUUCAUGGAGGAGCCAAACAACGAAGAACCUCAGAUGAUGAUUUCAGGGUCCGGGUCGCUUUAUAUGGGGAGAGAUGGUCGUUGAGGUCCUGGGGAACUGAGCUUUAUAGGUCAAAACCAGCACUUUGAACAGUGCUAGGAAGCUUAAUGAUUUCUCCAGCAUCCUGCCUGAAAGCUUUCUUCCUCUUCUUUCCCUUUCCUGUGUUCUGUUGUUGUUGUUGUUGUUUAGUCGUUUAGUCGUGUCCGACUCUUCGUGACCCCAUGGACCAGAGCACGCCAGGCACUCCUGUCUUCCACUGCCUCCCGCAGUUUGGUCAAACUCAUGCUGGUAGCUUCAAGAACACUAUCCAACCAUCUCGUCCUCUGUCGUCCCCUUCUCCUUGUGCCCUCCAUCUUUCCCAACAUCAGGGUCUUUUCCAGGGAGUCUUCUCUUCUCAUGAGGUGGCCAAAGUAUUGGAGCCUCAGCUUCACGAUCUGUCCCUCCAGUGAGCACUCAGGGCUGAUUUCCUUCAAAAUGGAGAGGUUUGUUCUUCUUGCAGUCCAUGGGAUUCUCAAGAGUCUCCUCCAGCACCAUAAUUCAAAAGCAUCAAUGUGUUCCUGUGUUCUAGAGGGCACCUAAUCAGAUCAAAGCUCUGCCUUGGUCAUGCUUGACCUUUCAGACCAAGAUGAGCAGGAGAUGAGCGCAGGUUCCCAUUGAUCACUUGCGUUGGCAAAGAUCCCUUGAGGCUCCUUACGCAUCUUUAGUUCCAGCAUUCUUUGCUGAUGACCUACAAGUGUCUAACGAACAUGUUUGCUUUGUUUGUUCUGUGCUCUAUUAAAAGUCACAACUAGUCCCGAGAAAGAAAAGAGGACUACUUGGAGUUGCCCUUACUUGCCCGCAUAUUUCCAUGCUAUUUGAAUCAGCAGUGGAAUUUUUAAGAGCGCAGGAUUUUGUAGGUUAAGUCACAUCAACACCAUUCCUUUAAAGCACUCAUACCGUUUUGAGGCUAAAUAAUAAUAAUAAAAUUUUUAUUUGCUGCCCAUCUGACUGAUCUACCCCAGCUACUCUGGGAGGCUCCCAACAAAUUAAAACACAACAAGACAUCAGACACGAAGAGUCGGACACAGCUAAACAACAACAACAAUUUAUGACUUAUACUCCACCCAUCUGGCUGGGUCUCCCCAGCCACUCUCCACGGCUCUUAACAGAAUAUUUAAAACAUGAUAAAAAAUCAAACAUUAGAAACAUCUCUAAACAGGGCUGCCUUCAGAUGUCUUCUAAAAGUCAGAUAGUUGUUUCUUUCCUUGAAAUCUGAUGGGAGAGCGUCCCACAAGGUGGGCGCCACUACCGAGAAGGCCCUCUGCUUCCAUGCACACCAUACAUUUAAAAGCACUGCGCUGGAUACCUGGAAACUGUAGUGUACAGAGCUCCAAUUCCCAGCACGCUUAACAAACUACAGUUCCUAGGGAACCUUGAUGAGGUUGUAAGGAACCAUAGCUCUGCGAAGGGGAUUCUGACAAUUCUCAGCACUGUCAACACAGUAGUUUCUCUGGCACAAGCCAAGUGUUAUAAGAGUUCUUUCAAUGCAUGAUGUGGGUGACAAUAGUGAGAGGCUAUAGCACAGUGGUUAGAGCAAUCGCUUUACACGCAGAAGUUAUUGGGUUCAAUCCCCAACAUCUCCACAGAGAUUCCCUGCCUGAAAUCCGGGGCAGCCACUGCGAGUUAGUGCAGGCAAUAUAAGCUAGAUGAGCCAACAGUCUGACUCAGUCGAAAGCACCUUCCUAUAACAUUCCUAUGAUUUCUUUUUCUCUGAACUGUGUCAAGGGACUGUGCUUGACAUCCACUCAGGGCUUGAAUUUCAUCCCUGCUUUUGGACGUAUCAUCAAAGGUUCACCCGACCCCAGGCUUCCUCCUCAUUCUGGAAUGUGCCUUCCCCAUGCCAAACUAUUUAUAGACCACAAAAGAGAGAUUUUCUUCCUCCUGUGAUUAAGUUAACUGCCUCAAAUGGUUUGCAGGAGAAAUGACAUUGUUCUGCCACAGUUGCUGAAACAGAAAUCUGUAUCCUCUUUCUUGCAAAUAGAAUUCACCGGUCUGCCCAGUUAGCUACACAAGUGGCCAAAAUUGUGGAAACUUUUUUGGGGAAAGUGUAUUUCCGAGGUUUGAUGGCUCAUAACACCUGAUUGGCUCUCUAAACACUCGUGCUCAUUGGCUACAUUCAUUUUUUUAAAAAAUUAAAAUUUAAAUUUUAUUAACAUAUAAAACACAUACAUACACAUUUACACAAUACACAUACACAACACAACACACUACAGUGGUACCUCAAGUUACAUACGCUUCUGGUUACAUACGCUUCAGGUUACAGACUCCGUUAACCCAGAAAUAGUGCCUCAGGUUAAGAACUUUGCUUCAGGAUGAGAACAGAAAUUGCGGCGCGGCGGCAGCAGGAGGCCCCAUUAGCUAAAGUGGUGCUUCAGGUUAAGAACAGUUUCAGGUUAAGAACGGACCUCCAGAACGAAUUAAGUACUUAACCCGAGGUACCACUGUACCUUAUUUUCAUAACAUAAAUCAUACCUACAUUACUCUAUAUAAUACCUACCUAUACUGUACAUAUCAACAUACCUACACACCUACCCCACACGGACACCCACCAAGUGACUUGACUUCCAGCCGUUCUUGUUACGCUACUUUAUUUUUCCAACUAGCUUAAACACAUUUCAUUAUUUCUUUAAUCUCUUCUUCUAUCUUGACUUUACUCUCCUUUCACUCUAAUCAUUUUCUGGAUUCACUCAAUAUCUGUCAGAAAUUCUACUUUUUCCACAUAAAUUUUGAUGUAUUCCUUAAAGAUAGCCCACUCCUUAUUCACUUUUUGUACCAUAUCUCCUCUUAUCCUCCCUGUUAGUUCGGCAAUAUGGAAGUAUUCCAUCAUUUUAGAUAACCAGUCUGUUUUAGUUGUGACGCUGCUACUUUUCCAAUUUUUGGCCAUCAAUAACCUUGCCACCAUAGUUGCGUACAUAAAUAUUGGUCUGACCGUUCUUUUUAUUUCCUCUGACAUGAUACCUAGGAGAAAGGAUUCUGUUUUUCCCCCCAAAUGAAAAUCUAAAAAUCUUUUUCAGUUCGUUAUAGAUAUUUUCCCAGAAUUCCACUAUCUCUUUGCACUCCCACCACAUAUGUAGAAAGGUUCCUGCCCCAUUCCUUGGCUACAUUCAAAUGAAGGCAAGCUAUGGCAUAUCAACCUUUUUCUGGUUAUUUGGCUAUAGCUUUGGAUAGAAUACAGAUAAUUGAACAAACCUUGUUGCAUUGCAUUCUUCAUUAAAUUAUCUUUCCACUGAUUUAUAAUUUUAUGGUAUGGUUCCCCCCCAAAAAAAGUGGUGUUAUGAGCCAUCAAACAUAAGAAAUACCUUUUUUCCAAAAGGUGUCCACAAUUUUGGCCACUAGUGUAAAGCUCUUGCUUGCUGACAGCAAUAGGAUGAUAUUUGAUUUUUGCUGUAGCGAGUCUGCUUCUCCUCUAGAAACCCAUGAGGAGUGUCUAUGAUUUGGCUGUAUAUGUUUUGAUGGUUAUUAUCUUCUGUUGAUGUUGACAGGGACAGAUUGUUUAUGACUUCUGGUCAAGACAUUGAAUUCUGGAAGUCCGUUCUUAAACCAAAACAUUCUUACACCAAGGCGUGCUUUCCCAUAGCAGCGGGGGACUCAGUUUUACAAAUGCAACACACUCGACAGGAAGCAAAACAGGUUCUUAUCUCACGGCAAAGUUCACAAACCAAAACACCUACUUCCGGGAUUGCAGCGUUCUUAAUCCAAGUUGUUCAUAAUCUAAACUGUUCUUAAACCACGCUGUCACUAUACUUACUAACCCCCCUUGUGCUGGGCUGGGGGGUGGGUGGGAGUGGAGAUGCUCUCCAUCUUGGUUCUCUCAGCUGAGCUGGUGCCUCACCCUUUAUUGGCACCCGUGGUGCACAUAUACCAGGCAGGACCCGUGGCAGGGCAUCAACCAUAGCCAGGGCCUUUUCAACACUGGCUCUGACCUGGUGGAACACUCUGUCUCAUGAGACCAGGGUCCUGCAGGAUCUGAUUUCUUUCCGCAGGGCCUGUAAGACAGAGUUGUUCCACCUAGCCUUUGGCUUGGAAUCAACUUGAUCCCCUUCCCCUCUUACCUUUCUCCUUCUGUGAUGAAACUCCUAUUUGGGGACUUCCUUGGCUUUUUUUCUGGCCCAUGUAUGACCAGUGUAGAUAGUUGGCCUUGGUGAAGAUUUGAUGUUUUCAUCCCCAAAAAGUUUUUGAUUUGAGUUUCUACUGAAAUGAGGCUGCAUUUUAAUGUUGUAUUUUAAUCUUGUUUUUAAGUUGUAUUUUAAUCAAUUGUUUUAUACCUGGUGUUAGCCGCCCUGAGCCCAGUCCUGGCUGGGGAGGGCUCUGGUUGAGGCUAAUCUAACUUCCUUAGGGCCCGGGACAUCUAGGGUUUUGCUAUUUAUGGACCUUAAGGUCCUCCGUGGGGCAUACCAGGAGAGGCGGUCCUGUAGGUAUAAGGGUCCUAGGCCGUGAAGGGCUUUAAAGGUCAAAACCAGCACCUUAAAUCUGACCCUGUACUCCACUGGGGACCGGUGCAAUUGGAAAAGCACUGGGUGAAUAUGCUCCCAUGGCAGAGACCCCGUGAAGAGCCUCGCUGGUUUGUGCUUGCAGGACUCCAUACCUGGCUCCAGGUCAGGGCUACGUAUGACAUCAAACGCUGCGCAGUCAUGCUCUUAAGACAGUUUGUGUACCCUUUCGGACACGGGGAAGCCAAAAUCAGCAUGUUUGUUUGAGAUCAUUUAAGGCAACAUUCCCUUUCCCUCAGAAUGCUUUCACAGGUCUUCCCCCCCCCAUAAUUACUGUCAGCAUUUUAUUCAUUACUUCCUUGUAUAAUUCCAGUACGGGCAAUAAAGAACGCUUGUCUUUUAUUUUGUUUCCCUUUUAAACUUCUUCCUGGUUUGUGGAUUGCUGUUCGCACUAAGCUUCUUCAGUAUGGCUUCAUCUUAGCUAUAUAUAUCUUGGCUAGUAGGCUGAGCUAAGGGACAGUCCCUGGUAAAGGCGAAAUCAAAUCUUUCCCGUGACGUUGAAAAGGCUACAGUUCCUAAGUGUAUUUCCUUGAAAAAGUUGUCUCAGUGGCAUCAGGAUGUGUGUGUGUGUGCACAUUCUGGUGGUGGGCAGAGCAGAAAAUGCUAAUUUUAUUUUUGUACAGGGGGCAAGUCUCUAAGCACAUGUCCCUCUCUGUCUCUAUCCAGGUGAGCAGGAAGAAUUUUCAGAGAUCAAGGGCACCUGCUAGCCAGGUAAAAAUAUCCAGUGAGGGUGAAAACAAGGCUGGUGAAUCAGUGGUGUAGCAUGGGAAGGAUGGGGGGAGACAAGGGCAGUUGCCCCAGAUGCAAAAGUGUUAGGGGGUGCAACAUUUCAAUACCUGGUGCAGCUGUGCACUUCCAUAAGUAGGCUCUGUUGAAAACAGCUUCUCCAUUCAAACCAGGAAAUGACCUCUCCAGACAAAGGGACGACUCUUCUUAUCUCUGCAGCUGCUAUCCCCUGGGUGAUGCAGAUGCUGUUAAGCAGUUGAAUGUGCAUGUGUACUCCGUCUGUUUCUCUCCUUCCCAUCCCCUCUGCGUUGCCCCGGGCACUAGCAAUCCACGCUACACCACUGCGGUGAAUAGUCUGGUCCGGAGAGAUGUGGCCUAGGAGGGUGUGCAGCCUGAUUUUAACCAAUAGGAGGGACUGUUCCAUAGCUCAACCUAUAGCUUCCACUUUGACCUACGAUAAUACAAUCCACCAGCCAGGAAGAAGCUGAAAACAAAACAAAGAACUUUAUUGCUGAUAACCUACUGAAAACAAAACAAAGAACUUUAUUGCUGAUAAUCGACUGGAAACAGUAAAGAAAAAUGAUAACAGCAAGAAAAGUCCCAUACUCAUCGCAUUAUAGCGUUAUGAGUUUGUGGGUGCCUUGACCUGCCUUCUAAUUCCUGGACCACACUUCUAAUUCCCAGGUGCUGGACACUGGAUUUAGCAUGUUAAAAUCAAACCAGGCAUGUUCAGGGGAUCACCUAGGAUGGGCCAUUAAGGAAGAAAAAAGGAAAGUGAUAAGCCGUUAGGGAUUUUGCGAGAGAGAGGUGCCUUUCCUUGAGUUGGGUAGAAGAACAAAGACCCGUAGUAGAGUUUCAGGUUUGCAAUUUGCCCUGGUGUGUUCUAAAGGAAAAGUCGGAAAGCUGUGAGGCAAUGGAAAAGCCAUCUAGGCAGUUGCCUAGUGCAAAAUUAGGAGUUAUGGAAGGGGGGGGGAGCAAGGCAAGCUGCAGAGUGACAGGAAGAUAGGUUAAUGGCUGCUUGAACCCAGGACUGUGCCUAUGAGACCCUCUUGAAUGUAAUGCUGUACACCCCUCUAUCCGAGAUUCAGGUCGUAUAUAUGUGUAAAUCAUCCAUAUAUGAUAAAGACACUACAGUCUUUGCUGUGCCUUAUUUCCAAAGGAAACACAAACCCCAGGCAAGCGUCUAGAAUCCCUGGAAUCUUGCACAGCUGUGGCGAUUGGGUUGGUGCGUAACAAUAGCAAUUUAUCUUUGUACAUUUAUUUGCCUUGCCUUCCUCAAGAUCCUGAUGCCAUUAACCAAACAGCAAAAAAAAUGCUCAAGCAAAUCCACACCUGAGAAGUGAGAGUUUGAGACUUCUGCUCCUGGCUAAUUUUAUGAGUGAUGAGGAACACACUUUUAAUAUGCAUGCAAAUUAUAUUGUGCCCAGCUUUACUGAUAAGCAGAGAUUUCAGGUCCCUCUUUAUUGUGUAGAGAAGAGUGACUCAGCAGUCUUCUUUCCCUUGUACCAGGAAACAGAAUCUGACUUUGCAAAUCAGGCAGUAAAUCUGACAGAGAUCCAUUUCUUAUCUCUUUGGCACUGCUAGCAAUCAUGACCAUUUUCAUGUGUGUGCGUGCAUGGUUAUAACCCUCCAUCCCCCCCCCCCAACAAAUUCCAUUGAUGCAAAUACAGUGGUACCUCGCAAGACGAAUGCCUCGCAAGACAAAAAACUUGCUAGACGAAAGGGUUUUUUGUUUUUUGAGCUGCUUCGCAAGACGAUUUUCCCUAUGGGCUUGCUUCGCAAGACAGAAACGUCUUGCAAGUUUGUUUCCUUUUCUUAACACCGUUAAUACAGUUGCGACUUGACUUCGAGGAGCAACUCAUAGAACGCGGUGUGGUAGCCUUUUUUGAGGUUUUUAAAGACUUUGGUGAUUUUUGAAGCUUUUCCAAAACUUUCCCGACACCGUGCUUCGCAAGACGAAAAAAAUCGCAAGACGACAAAACUCGCGGAACAAAUUAAUUUUGUCUUGCGAGGCACCACUGUAGACAAAGAGCAAGAGAAAUAAAAAAUUGUGUUUGUUUUGUGUAAAUCCUGUUUCUCAAGUCCAAAAGAUCUCCCCCGGAGUGACUUGUAAGAAAAUUAAACACAGCGAAAGCAUUUAAAAAGAGAGUCGCACAACAGUGACAUAAACCAUUAGACCUGCAGUAAAUAUAAGUGUAUUAAAAAUAAAUAAAUCGGAAACAUAAAUGGCCUAAAGGAUCAACAAAUCGAAAAGCUGUUUCAAUUGGCACAGUGCCAUGGAAUGCCAUGGGCAAAAAAGACAUAAUUCUCACGGCCUAGUAAGCCUCCUUGGGGAAGACAUUCUCAAGCUGAGGGACUGCAUGGAAAAAGCCCCUUUGCAAGUUGCCUCACCUCUGAAGGCAGGUAGGCUUGAAGAUAAGUCUCAAAGGAUGCUCUGAAUACUCUGGCAGGGUCUUGUGGAAGAAUGUGGAAUCCUGGAGCUAAAAGGUAAAGGUUAAGGUACCCCUGACCAUUAGGUCCAGUUGCGGACGACUCUGGGGUUGCACGCUCAUCUCGCUCUAUAGGCUGAGGGAGCUGGCGUUUGUCCGCAGACAGCUUCUGGGUCAUGUGGCCAGCAUAACUAAGAUGCUUCUGUCAAAACCAGAGCAGCGCACAGAAACACCGUUUACCUUCCCGUCGGAGCAGUACCUAUUUAUCUACUUGCGCUUUGACGUGCUUUUGAACUGCUAGGUUGACAGGAGCUGGGAUCAAGCAGUGGGAGCUCACCCCGUCACGGGGAUUCGAACCGCUGACCUUCCAGUUGGCAAGCCCUAGGCUCUGUGGUUUAGACCACAGCGCCACCCGUGUCCUUGACAAAGUAAUAAUCAUAAAUAAAUAAGAAUAAUAAUGUGCACCCCACCCCCGAGACCAUUCCAUUGUAACUAUCCAACUUCCCAAAAUUUCAACACCUCUCGCGAUGGUCUAAGUGGCUUAGUCAUGCUGGCCACAUGACCCGGAAGCUGUCUGCGGACAAACGCCGGCUCCCUUGGCCUAUAGAGCGAGAUGAGCGCACAACCCCAGAGUCGUCCGCGACUGGACCAAAUGGUCAGGGGUACCUUUACCUAUUACUUUGUCGAAAUAAAAGUAAUAAUAAUUUUUGUAAUAAUAAUAAAACAGAGCACUCCCGCCACAUUCUCCAAGCCCACCCAGCUUUGGGAAGAGGCAGCAGGGCUCCAGCCUCCUGUGAGAGAUCCGGCACUUCUUUCCCAAAGCUCCGGAAGCUUCCUCACGGCUUCAGGAGGGAGGCGCAAUUCUCACAUGCACGAUGUCAGGACAUCGCCCCCCUCAUCAUCCUCUCAAGCUGCUGCCUCCGGCCCUAAGUGUUCCCCUAUGAAAAAAAAUCACUGCACUCUACUGAUGCUCACCCCUGGUGACCUGUUUGAACAAUGACCCCCUUUUCUUCUUUUCCACAACACCCUUAAUUAUUACAGCAUGUGUGUACACAGUGCGACUGAGCAAAUUAUACAGAUGGGGAAAAAGUACUUCUUGGGUAAUUUAUGAGUCAUGUUUUGCCUAAUUCUUCUGCUGAAUGUAGGUUAGUGGGUCACCGCAAAGAAUUCUCAGAAAUGAAUUUCCCCAAAUAUCUGGAGUUCUUAAAAAACACAAGCCAACCCAAACAAAAGCAGUCAGCCACACCAUCCUUGCCCUGCUUUGGUCUGGAACAGUUUCACUGCUUGUAUAGCUGUCGUUGUUUUGCUUGCUUUUAUAACUGGAUAGUGUAACGUUGAAAACUGACCUCCAGUGAAGGGCUGGUAGGAAAUCUUAAAAAUAAAUGCAUCAUUUAAUACUAACAGAAAAUAUAUACAUAUACACAUACAUACAUAUAUAUAUAUAUAGUUACACACACACACACACACACACACACACACACAGUGCUUUUUUCUGUGGGGAUGCAGGGGUUUGCAUAUUAUCCCUAAACAUUUUGUAAAUCUAAGUUUGGCCUCAUCGAGGGGCAGUAUUUCAACAUGAGUAGGAAAAUGAGAGUACCCUUAAACAUUUUUUUAUAGAAAAAAAAGCACUGUGUGUGUGUCUCUCUCUGUGUGUGUAUACAUACACACACACACACACACAUGUUUGUGAAAUGGUAUUCUGCCAGGGAGUUUCAGAAUUUUCAGUCUGCCUAUGUUUUUGCAUAAUUGAAUUCAAGUUUGUGUAAAAUUUUAUUUAUGCUAUCUGAUGGUAGCCUUGACACAGAUCUGAUUUUCCCUUUGCUUGCCAAGCUUUUGCUCUGUGAUGGUUGGAUGCAUAGAUGCAAAUAAACACAUCUGAGACUUAUAGAGGAACUGAGGCAGGGCCUAUCAUUUGGCCAAUUAAGGCAGCUGCCUCGGGCAGCUGGUUUUUUUGGGUUGUUGGUUUUUUUUUUGCAGUGGGGGGUGUCAUGAAAGGGCAUCAAACAGUCAAGUCCAGAAAAAGUACCGACUGUUCAUUGUCCACCUCUCUCAAGAGAAAGGCUGUGCUUUUAUUCCCAUGAAGCCUAGGAGCUUUAAGCAGGUUUGCAGCCAAAAAUCUUGGUCUUCUGAGAGAAGGCAAGAUCGUGGAUUACCCAAGGAACAGAUCAAAUCAAAGGAACUACUCUAGUUGUUCCCUCCGGAUCAAAUAACAAUUUUAGAUGUUUGACUUGCAAGGCUGUAUUAUUCAGGGGACCCAAAGAGACCAGGCCACUGCCACCCCGAGUCAGUGCCCUUGGGCAUUAAGAACUUUGACAGGUGGGCAGGGCAACGCAGCUGUCAAUCAUCUGAUGUCAUAAGGACAGAAAAGGUUCUGGACCAACAUUUUCUCCCCACCAUCUUUAACCCAACGAAACCAGUAGUUUUCUGGACAUCUAACUAUAUUUUGAAUCCUGGCUACAGGUUGUUUUGGUCCAUAAAGGGGUGGGGAAACUGUGGUUCUCUAAUGUUUGCUGGGCUCCUCACCCCCAUCAUCCCUGACCCACAGAUAUGCUGACAGGGGCUGAUGGAAGCUGGGAUAACGACAUUUGGAGGUUCACAGGUUUCCCAUGUCUAUCCCAGAAGAACAAAUAAUUCUACCUUCUUUUUUAAGGAUUGGACUUUCAGAGUGCCCUUCUCUGCCGCUGAUAAUGUCUGAACAUAUGCUUGUCAUUGUCAUACAUAAUAACUUUGUAAGAAGAGUGCCUUUUAUUCCUUAGACACACAGUUUAAACUAACGGCUUUUUUCUUCUUUCAUUUUUCUUUCUUCAGGGAUUUAUUUGCAGAACACAAUCUUCUAGUAAGUAUAACCUUUUCAUUGCUCUAGAAAUUAAAGUUUUCAAAUACCUAAGUGGACUUCAUAACUGCUUCAGAGCUUGCUCCUUGAAAGUGCCUGCUCAGCUAUAGACAUCACCAGUGAUUCUCAACGGCUGGCUUGCCAAAAUACAGUGGUACCUCGGGUUAAGAACUUAAUUCGUUCUGGAGGUCCGUUCUAACCUGAAACUGUUCUUAACCUGAGGUACCACUUUAGCUAAUGGGGCCUCCUGCUGCUGCACCGCCGCCACGAUUUCUGUUCUCAUCCUGAAGCAAAGUUCUUAACCUGAGGUACUAUUUCUGGGUUAGCGGAGUCUGUAACCUGAAGCGUAUUUACCCUGAAGCAUAUGUAACCCAAGGUACCACUGUAUUAGGAAAAUUGCAUUUCACAGAUGUACUUGUUAGGCAAAACAUGCAUAUUGGGAGAAAUUCUCACCGCAAACCCUGACAAGUUUUCAUGAGGACUUUUAAAAAUAAAAACGGUGAACUGAUCUGGAAAUGUGGAGAACUGAAUUGAAGAUUACAAAAAAAAAAUCUCAGAACUUGGGAGACACUGAGAUUGACAGAUUUGUCUACUCCUAGUAUAAAGGACCUGAGGUACUAUUUGUGGGUUAGCAGAGUCUGUAACCUGGAGUGUCUGUAACCUGAAUGGUCUGUAACCCAAGGUACCACUGUAUAUCACAACACAUGUAAGACUUGAAUAGCAGCCUUAAAUCUAAUAUAAAAAUGGGGCCUGGUUUUUAUACAGAGACACUAUUAAGCAAAGGAACACCUCCAUGUGGAAACUAAGGCUUCUGCAUAAGAUCUCUUAGUUCAGCUGUUAGUGACCAGUGGUGCUGUGGGUUAAACCACAGAGCCUAGGACUUGCCGAUCAGAAGGUCGGUGGUUCGAAUCCCUGUGAUGGGGUGAGCUCCCAUUGCUUGGUCCCUGCUCCUGCCAACCUAGCAGUUCGAAAGCACGUCAAAGUGCAAGUUGAUAAAUAGGUACCGCUCUGGCAGGAAGGUAAACAGCGUUUCCGUGUGCUGCUCUGGUUCGCCAGAAGCGGCUUAGUCAUGUUGGCUACAUGACCCGGAAGCUGUAAGGCAGCUCCCUCGGCCAAUAAAGCGAGAUGAGCGCCGCAACCCCAGAGUUGGCCACAACUGGACCUAAUGGUCAGGGGUCCCUUUAUCAUUCCAUCACCACUGAAUAUUUGUGCUUCCUACUUUCUUAAUGCCUAACGCCAGCAGCUUUCAAACUUUCUCCCUUCAUGGGCUGCUAUACACUUCUGCACCCCCUCGUCUAUCCCAGGGAUCAUAGAAUCAUAGAAUUGUAGAGUUGGAAAAGACCACAGGGGUCACCCAGUCCAAUCCCAUGCAAUGCAGGAAUCUUUUGCCCAGUGUGGGACUCAAACUCAUUACCUUGAAAUUAAGAGGUAUGGAUGGCCCAACCUAUUUCCAGCCUAUGACUGUUUCACAAGUGCUGAAUCACAGGGCCAGUCAAGUCCCAGUUUUGUGUGUGCGAAUAAAACAAACAUGCCAAAUUUGCAUGUAAACUGUAUGUACUUUGUACAUAUGGCAAACACAUUCUUCCUUUAAAAUGCACAUGUUUGUUUGUUUUUCAAUGCCUCUCCCAGUAAAAUAUGCAUAAUUUUUUUGGAAAAACUGCAAAAUUUAGAGACGUGUGUACUCUGAUGGAUAGCUGUGUUCUGAUUUGCAUACAUAAAUCAGAAACCAGCAAAUUAGAUCUGUUUGAUUUAAAAUGCUCACCAAAUGAUUUUAUCUUCCAUCCCUAGCCUAUACAGUGGUACCUCAGGUUAAGUGCUUAAUUCGUUCCGGAGGUCCGUUCUUAACCUGAAACUGUUCUUAACCUGAAGCACCUCAAGCCUCCUGCCGCCGCUGCGCUGCCGGAGCACGAUUUCUAUUCUUAUCCUGAAGCAAAGUUCUUAACCUGAAGCACUAUUUCUGGGUUAGCAGAGUGUGUAACCUGAAGCGUAUGUAACCUGAAGCAUAUGUAACCCGAAGUACCAAAGUAUCACAGAAUCCUCUGUGUCACAGAGGACUCUUGGAAGAGUCGUAUGUUCUAGGAAACCCACUCAAUUCAUAUAGAGAGUUGGUCAGACAUGUUGGGUCUAAUCAUCUAAGGAAUCGUAUUGCACGCCCUGGAACAUACCCAACCCUUCUGUGCCUCUUGUCGUAUUAUUUAUUUCAUUUAGGAAUCACUUCCCCUAAACAACCCGAAGUGAUUAAACCAUAAGAACAUCAAGAAUAAGAACAUCUCUAAAACAGUUUCAAGUCCAAUACAGAUACAGAUCAAGCCAGAAUAUCAGGAACAGUCUCCCGCUUGUUCAUCUCUCAAGAGCCAGUGUGGUGUAGUGGUUAAGAGCGGUAGACUCCUAAUCUGGGGAACCGGGUUCGUGUCUCGGUUCCUCCACAUGCAGCUGCUGGGUGACCUUGGGCCAGUCACACUUCUUUGAAGUCUCUCAGCCCCACUCACCUCACAGAGUGUUUGUUGUGGGGGAGGAAGGGAAAGGAGAAUGUUAGCCGCUUUGAGACUCCUUAAAGGGAGUGAAAGGCAGGAUAUCAAAUCCAAACUCCUCCUCCUCCUCCUCCUCCUCCUCCUCCUCCUCUUCUUCUUCUUCUUCUUCUUCUUCUUCUUCUUCUUCUUCUAGAAAGUUGUUAUAGGCAAACUGCCUUUGGGAGAAAGAUCUCAGUCAUUGCUGAUCUUCCUUCUGAAGAAGGAAUGAUAAGCUUCCAUACAUCCUCAGGAUUCCCCAGAAUAUGCUUAUAUGAAAAUUCCCAUAAUAACCUUGGAAAAGCCCUAAGCAUGACACCUUGUGGCAUUCCUCCACAGUGAGUAGCACGCAUUUGUAAGAAAAUCCACAUUCAGUAGUUCUUGUAUUGAUCUGAUGAUGGUGAUGAUUGUAUUCUGACUCACUUGUUGCUUAGUACAAAAAGUCUCCAAGCAACUUCCGAAAAGGUUAAAAGCCCCCAAAUGCCCCAAACCUAAUAAUAACCCAUCAAUUAACCCACCAGAAGAAACUCCAGCACCAGAAACAUUUAAUCCAAUAGGCCCUUCAUCAGAUUGCCAUAGAGUCGUGUGAAAUAAGAUCAGUAGAUGAGAAAUCUUUGUGUCUGUGAUAGCAAAAAUAUUCAGACCAAAUGGUUUGGAAGGCUUUGGUGCCCUCUUGUGUAAAUCUGCCAUUUAGCCACAGCUUUGCAGGAGUCCUUCCACUUUGGAAUUCGAAUCCUCAGUCCAAUAAUACAGUGGUGCCUCGCAAGACGAAAAGAAUCCGUUCCGCGAGUCUCUUCGUCUUGCGGUUUUCUCGUCUUGCGAAGCAAGCCCAUUGACGGAUUAGCGGAUUAGCGCUAUUAGCGGCUUUUAGCGGCUUAUCGGCUUAUCAGAUAAGAGGAUAAGCGGCUUAGCGGCUUAGAAAAAGGGGGGGGGAAAGGGGAAAAAACCCGCAGGAACUCGCAAGACAUUUUCGUCUUGCGAAGCAAGCCCAUAGGAAAUUGUUUUAUGGCACUUUCCAAAACGGAAAACCCUUUCGUCUAGCGGGUUUUCCGUCUUGUGAGGCAUUCGUCUUGCGGGGCACCACUGUAAUUCCCCAGAAAUAUCUAAUGGGCUUGACAUUGGAAGAAGAAACACCCAACAUCAUUAAGUGUGCUAUUAAUUUAGUCCCGCCCCCCAAGAUAAUCAGAGCAGCUCAGGUCCUGUGGGCCAACGGCAUGGAAACUUUUGUUUGUCUGAUAUUGGACUUCAAUUCCCAUCAUCCCUGAACCUUGGCCAACUCUACUGAUGGGAGUUGUAGUUCAGCAAACAUCUGGCGGGUCACAGCUUCACCACUCUAGGCCCAGUGGAGCUAGUUCUGAUCUGAUGCAGCAGAAAGGGCAAAUAUUGAGUUUUUGUCUGCAGAAGAAACCAUGAAUAUCCCUAUUCUCUUGAAUGCUUCCUAAAUGCUUUGCAACCCAACCUGGCUAUUGCACUUGCUUUUAAAAACAUUCUCUCUCUCUCUCUCUCUCUCUCUCUCUUUUUAAAAUAAUUUUAUUGGUCUUCAUGUAAAUACAAGAACAACAUACAACUUCUGUAGCUAGUCCAGUGGUACAUUCGUAUAAAGUUUCAUAUGCAGUACACAGUACACAAGGAAUAUGUUAAUUUAUGCAUUAUCAAUUCCAUACUCUCCAACAGUUCCACGGUGAAAAUAGGGACGUCCCAUCCCCUAAGGAUAAUUUUACUAUUUAUACCCUACACAUCUUACCGGGUUGCCCCAGCCACUCUGGGCAGCUUCCAACAUAUAUAAAAACAUAAUAAAACAUUAAGUAUCCUCUCCACAAAGAUUCUUGUGUUGAGGGUGGAAUAAAAGUAUCUUCUGCCUCAUUUAUAAAGGAAAAGAAUGGAAGCCAAGUCUCGUCAAAAGUGUCCAUCUUGGAAGUGCCUUUAAUUACGCUUCUGUGGCUUGGAAGGCGUUCCCAUAGAGCCACAUUCCAAAUAUUAUUUACCCAGAUUUCAAUGGGGAUUUCUUUAGGUUGUUUCCAGUACCGGGCUAUUGUUAAUCAGGCUGCUGAUAAUAUGAGCCUAUCUCUACAGCCUUUCCAGAAUAUGGGAGAAAUUGUAGUGUUUAUUUUGGCUAGACAUGAUGGAGUCCAGUGGCAGAGAAUAAGCACUCACACUUUACAUUGUGGGUGCCCUUUGUGGGAUCACGCACGGUGCUACAGUUCCCAGGGAGCUUAAUGGCAAACAGGGGCUGGCCUGCCUCUCAGUGUUAUUCUUUGGAGGUUCACACCCAGCCUCAGUAAUCAAGUUUCUUGCUGGGAAGUGGGGCCAGUCCCAUUUAUAUAUAGGGGGUGGAGCUGACAAUAGUCAGGCAGUUGGCUCUGGAGAUUCACCCUCCCUACCCUCCCUUUGUUUAAUGUUUUCUUGUUUGCAGGUUAAUUUUUUCUUCCUGUUUAGGGUGCGCUGCUGCGGUCUUUGACUGGUUGCUGUUGAAGGAUCGGAAAGAAAUUUUCCUGCAUUGGCAGGUUUUGUCUUCCCCGUAGCAAUUCGCCACAACUUUGGCGGUUAUGGCCUUGGGUGGAAUCCUUUGGUCUUUUCUUCCCUAUAAUGGGGUGGGGGGAUGAAGUGGGGACUCACCCCCCUGCAGUGGCUAUUCCAGGGGCCCCUCUUAAAAGGGUUAUAUAGUGGGUGUCACUGGCCAUACACUGAAAAGUUGUCAGUGAACUACCCUGCGUGCGGGGAUAUGGGCUUACGUCUCACAUUGCACCCCCAUAUCCCAUUUACCCUGAUGCACCCCAGUUCCCCCGACUGGGGGGCUGGGAGGGAUACACGCCCAAGUCCUAAGCCAAGGUCUUUCUACAUCUGGAAGCAGCACAGUUGUGGGCUAAUUUAAUUCCAUAACAUUGCCUAGAGUCUUUAUUAUUUAUUUUUAAAAAUAAUUUUAUUUAAGUUUUGAACAACAGAAGAGAAGAGAAACAUACACAUACAUAUCUAAAAGAAAGAAAAUAAAUAAAACACGCAGAAAGAACACAGUUCAACAAAAAACAAAACCUAAUAAUGUAAAACAUCUUCUUUCAUUCCGCUUUAGUUAACUUAUUUCUGGACCUCAUACCUCCUCUUUUGGGAUUUCAAUCUAAAUUCAGCUUUGUCCAGCUUAUUUUGUCAACUUUUUAGAGUCCUCUAUCUUUAACUGUAAUAUAAUAUUGUAAUAUAUAUCUUCAAUUUCUUUAAACCAUUUUCUAAUCUAAUACUUAAUCUUUAUUCUAUCAUUAACACCUUACAGCUUAAACAUCUUACUUGCUGUCAACAUCGUCCAACAUUCUUUGAAUACACGAAAUGUUUCUGAAGAUAGUCUUGAAUUUCAUCAAUCUUCCACCGCUCCUCCCUGUCUGGUUCAUUGUCAGAGUCUUUAUCCCCGCCUAUGUUCCUGGGGCUGGGCGGUGUCACGCAAAGAUGAUUUUAAGAGAAGCCUCCUGCCAACGAGCAGAGAUUGUUCCUAGGGACAACUCUUAAAAAAAAACCAUUUCAUGCACUUUUUAAAUAUAUAGGUCUAUCCACAGGUGGGAUUCUUAGCAGCUUCUGCCAUCCUGCUCCUGCCUCUCUCUCUCCUACCACCCUGAGAAGCAUGAAGCUGUGGACUACCAUGAAGUGUGCAGGACAAAGGGAAUGCUCUCUUCUCUUGAGUGUUAAGGGGACACUACAUCUUGAGGGUAAGUAGGAUUCAUUGUGGAAUCUCUGCAACAAACAGGUUGGGCGCCAUGGCAGGAUGGCGACAAUGCCUACUCUGGAUCCGGCAGUUGUGCCGGAGGCAAUGGGUUUUCCUGGGCUUCGGUAAACCCUUUGGUCAGGGACCGUGCUGAGGAAGGCUCCCACCCCCUCCCCCUAACCCUGAAUCUUCCCAGGAGCAGGAGGACAGUAUAGAUUUGGAACAGUGGUUCACAGAGGGGCAUAGUUCAGAAGGCAGAAGCUGGGAAAUACUGGAUGGGGAGCAGCUAGCAGAAGAAACACUAGAAGAGAGAGAGAGUUAACAGAUUCAUUCCUCCGCUCAGCCCAAGGUCAAGAAGAGCUCGGAAAAUCUCAGAAAUGGGGCCGGAUUUAGGUUUGAUGAGGCCCUAAGCUACUGAAGGUAAUGGGGCCCUUUAUAUGUCCAGCUGUCCUUUGUCAACAACAAAUUGCUGCUGUUUUUUGUGCUGAAUAUACAGUGGUACCUCAGGUUAAGAGCUUAAUUCGUUCUGGAGGUCCGUUCUUAAGCUGAAACUGUUCUUAACCUGAGGUACCACUUUAGCUAAUGGGGCCUCCCGCUGCCACCGCACAAUUUCUGUUCUUAUCCUGAAGCAAAGUUCUUAACCUGAGGUACUACUUCCGGGUUAGCGGAGUCUGUAACCUGAAGCAUCUGUAACCCGAGGUACCACUGUAUGCUAUAUGGUAAUUUAUGGACCUAAUAGGUAUCUAAAGCCAUUUGCACAUAACAAAAUAGGAGCCUACACAACACAAAACACUGUUGCUGUAUGUAGGUUUUAUUUUAUCUGUUUUUUAUUUGUGAGGCCCUAAGCUAUAGCUUGUUUAGCUUAUACGUAAAUCUGGCACUGCACAGAAAACACAGAGGGUACAAGAUCAGAUUACAAGAUGUAGUGUAGUGAUGUAGAUUAAUAGGGAUGGAAGAGGGUGCGGUCCUUCAUUGGGAGCACCACCAUUCUGGUAAGAUGUUUUCUUUUGUCCUUCGCUGUGUUUAUUAAAGAAACUAACUGGUAAGAGAGGGAUGCGGGUGGCGCUGUGGGUUAAACCACAGAGCCUAGGACUUGCCGAUCAGAAAGUCGGUGGUUCGAAUCCCCUCGAUGGGGUGAGUUCCCGUUGUUUGGUCCCAGCUCCUGCCAACCUAGCAGUUCAAAAGCACACCAGUGCAAGUAGAUAAAUAGGUACCGCUUCGGUGGGAAGGUAAAUGGUGUUUCUGUGUGCUGCUCUGGUUUGCCAGAAGCAGCUUAGUCAUGCUGGCCACAUGACCCGGAAGCUGUCUGCGGACAAACACAGGCUCCCUUGGCCUAUAGAGCAAGAUAAGCGCGCAACCCCAGAGUUGUCCGUGACUAGACCUAACGGUCAGGGGGUACCUUUACCUUCUUAGUCAAUAAUAACAAUCUCCUUGGCUCAGGGGUCACAUAAUGAUGCUUACCGAUGAAACAUAGAGUUAAAGCUGUAGCAAUUGCUUUAUUUUCCAAAUAAACACACAAGUUAUAACCGAUCAGUGGUCAAGUCCAUCAACACUGCAUCUUUCUGUUUGUUUGCUUAAAGAAGAUAUAUUUCCAGGGUGGUGCUAAGUAAUAUUUUUUUGCCUGAAAAGGGGGCUGUAGGCCAAAUAAGUUUGAGAAGAGAGCAGGACUUACAAGUAUUUCUAAAUUUCUUUUUAGAAAAUAUCCGUGGCAUUGAAAUUUGCUAUCUCUCAAUGGAAACGCAGAACUCUCAGUGUGUGAGAGUGAAGAUAUUGAAGGACAUAAAUGUAAAGUCUGCUGUUAGGAAGGUAAAUGCUUCAUUAGACUGUUGUCAAAUCUUUGCCGUUUUGAGAUUUUAAGAACAAGCUAUUAAAUGCAAGGCUGUGUAUAUAUAUCAUAUAUUUAAAGCACAUUACUUCCCCCAUGGAAUCCUGGGAGCCAUAGUUUACCCUCACAGAUCUAAAGUUCCCAGCACCCUUAACAAAGCACAGUCGUAUUUUGGAAGUCGAACGGAAUCCAUUCUGGAAGUCCUUUAGACUUCCAAAAUGUUCGGAAACCAAAGCGCGGCUUCCAAUUGGCUACAGGAGCAUCCUACAGUCAAUCGGAAACUGCAGAAGCCAUGCUGGAUGUUCGGCUUCCAAAAAUCUUUCGAGAACUGGAACACUCGCUUCCAGGUUUCAAUCGUUCCGGAGCCAAUUUUUUUCAGGAGCCAAGUCGUUCGGGAUCCAAGGUACAACUGUACAGUUCCCAGAAUUAUUUUGCAAAAGUGAUGUGCGUUGAAUUGAUGGUGUGUACACAGCCGAGACAGCAGAAGCUUAUACUUAACAAUGUCCCCCUGCCCCCAUUAAUAUAAACCAGAAAACAAGUGGUUUUGGAACGUAGGAUGUUGAGGAGAACUGGGGAUGAAUGUUUGCCCAGGAACUUAUUUCUGACCUAUAGUUCUAUUGGGCCACCCCAGGCCAUUCCCACUUCUUGGCUCCUUGCUUUAGUAAUAAUUGAACCAGGGAAGAACUGCAGGCACCGAGUGAGACUGAAGCUAUUUGAACAGGAUCUGCAGCUCUGAUAAAAGAGGAGCAAGCGUUUGAUUGUAAUUGCUACCACAUUUGCAGACGGGUUCGUGUCUGUCUGAAGAAGAUAUUGUGGUUUAUGUUUGCAUUGAUAUUAUGAAAGCACCAUAAUGGCCUUAUGUGUGUUGUGUGGGCUUAGGGUAUUUCAUGUCAUUGUUCCCAGAUGCCUUCAUGUGUGUGUGUGUGUGUGUGUGUGUGUAUGUGUGUGUGUGUGUGUGUGUGUGUGUGUGUGUAUAUAUAUAUAUAUAUAUAUAUAUAUAUAUAUAAAAUAAAUCCACAGUUAAUGAAAAACUAAUGAUGCCUUAUGCUGUUUGCUUCGCAUGUCUGCUGGUCAUCACAAAAACCCUUUAUUUCAAAACCGUCAGUUCUAACAUACCCCCUCACUUUAUCGAGUCAUUUCCAGACUGUCUGCUUUUGGGGGCGGCUGUGGGGUGAUUCAAUGGGCAAAAUUCAAAUCAAAGUGGAUUUGACUUCUUGCACAGUAAACCUGCUUCCAAGCUACCCUUUUACUUUUUUGGGUACAAAAAAUGAUGGGGAAAUGCACUGAAAAGUGUGGGGUUACUUGAUGUGAUGCUGUAUAACCUCCCCACAAAUCAAUCAGAAUGAAUAAUCAAUAUCACAAAAUUUGUGCGAAACGAUGCUCUAUAAACAUGUCAUCUGGUAGGAACCUUGAAAUUCUGAUCUCUCAUUCAUUCAUUCAUUCAUUCUGUUAGAUAUCAUCCCUUCCUUCCAAAGGAGCCGAGGGUGGCACACACCAGACAGUUAAAACAGUACAAUUUAAACUAAAAUAAACACAUAUUUUAAACACUUGAAAGCAUUUAGAGCACCUAAGAAACGUUUAAGAGCAAUCACAAUUGCUAAUUUCAAGGUUGCCAUGACCAGUAUCUAUCAACCUGGGUAUUUAAAUUCUUCCUGAAAGCCAAUAAAGGAGGGAGAAAGACAUGCACACCAGCAGAGAGGGCAUUCCACAAAUGGGGAGCUACCACAGAGAAGGCCCUGUCAUAUAUAGUGAAUCUAUUCAUGGAAAGUGUUUUAUGGCUACAUUUCUUUUGCGAACCCUGGACUUAAUGCUGGUUUGGGGCUAGAGGUUUGAUCAUUGUCCCGAUUGACCAAGGAGAUGGAGGAAACAAGAGAUACACCAAUGUAGAUGCAGCUGGGCAAACGAAUUCUCAAGAGGCGCGUCUGAGACUCUUUGAAUAAUGCUAGAAGCAUAGUUUGAUGCAUAGGAGAAUGUGCAUUCAUAGUCAGAACUGCUGCUAAGCUCAGCGUCUUCCCUGCAAGCAAAGCUGAAUCAGGGUCAGUACUCAUAUGCAUUGAUGGAAGUGCGCAGUGGGAAUUUCUACUAGGUCCCAAUGCAUAGGAUUGCAGCCUAAAUUUCAGAGACCAUGAGCUUUAAAACCUGUACAGUCUCAUUCGCUGCAAUACCGAUGAGUGAUUCACUGCUGAUUUCAGUGAAAGAUUCCCGUUUAACAUAAUGCAAAUCUUUGAGCAUGCUGUGAUGUAUACUAGGACGGUUCAUAAAAAACUUUUUUCUAAAAAAAAUGCCAGCUCCAAAGGUUUUAUCUUACUACACUAGGGAAUAUAUAGCUAUAUCUGAAAUUUCAUGCAUAUCAGUUAAUAUCGUGACCCUCUACGAAAAUUCCGUAUUUUUUGCUCUAUAAGACGCACCAGACCACAAAACGCACCUAGUUUUUGGAGGAGGAAAACAAGAAAAAAAUAUUCUGACUCUCAGAAGCCAGAACAGCAAGAGGGAUCGCUGUGCAGUGAAAGCAGCAAUCCCUCUUGCUGUUCUGGCUUCUGGGAUAGCUGCGCAGCCUGCAUUCGCCCCAUAAGAAGCGCACACAUUUCCCCUUACUUUUUAGGAGGGAAAAAGUGAGUCUUAUAGAGCAAAAAAUAUGGUAGCUGUUUACUUGGCUGUUUUCCUAUGUCGUGAAGGCAGAAAUUUCAAUUCAGGGGGUCAAGAUAUUAACGGAUAUGCGUGAAAUUUCAGAUAUAGCUAUAUAAUCCCUAGUGUAGUAAGAUAAGACCUUCGGAGCAGGCAUUUUUUUAAAAAAAGUUUUUUAUGAACCACCCUAAUGCAUACAUGUGAGAGUUCUCCUCAGCUUCCUCCUGUGGAACAUCUCAAUAUAAGAUGUUGUUGAUGGAAAUGUGCUAUGAAUGAAUGGAAUUGCCGCAUUCUCAAGGGAUCAUUGGAUCUGAGCAAUUGCCAGAACUCUGAGUUUGCUAUAGUUUGCAUUUUAGCAAUGAGCUUGAAAUGUGAGGACCUCAGGAAACAUUUCCCUGGAAAUUUCUCCUGGCAGCCUGCCAGUAUGCCAUGCCUCUUGAUUAUUUAAAUCGUGGCGAGAAAAUAGAAAAUAUACCGUGUUCAAAAACAGGUUUGAACACAUCAGCCCAGCAGAAUCAACAAGAUCAUAAUCUAACCUCGUUUUGGAAUCUUUCCAACAUGAUCUGGAAAUUGCCUAUAAUUCCCUUGAUUUUUUUUUGGUAUGUAAUCCAAACAGGUGAAAGUACAGUUUAACUGCUUUGAAGUCAGUGCAGGACAACAUCUCCAUGUGACCAUGAGGACAAUUCCAAAUUACUGCGGAGUUAAAAAGGAUCAAGAAUAUUAUGUUGAAGGUUGGAAUCCAUCUUUAGAAAUAAAUGAUGAUCUUGGAGGUUGGGAGGGUGUCAUGAAUGAGAUAAUGGAGAUUCCUACUGACCAGGAAAUUGGCAAUUUUCACAAAUUAAAACUAUAAUCCCAACUCUUGUCAGAACUGUAAUGCCUUCUCUCCUUGACCUUGGCUCAAGAUUUACAGUAUAUAGCUCUAAGUAUAAAUAUACUUACAGUGGUAUCUUGGUUCUCAAACUUAAUCUGUUCCGGAAGUCUGUUCCAAAACCAAAGCGUUCCAAAACCAAGGCGUGCUUUCCCAUAGAAAGUAAUGCAAAAUGGAUUAAUCCGUUCCAGACUUUUGAAAGCAACCCCUAAAACAGCAAUUUAACAUGAAUCUUACUAUCUAACGAGAUCAUUGAUCCAUAAAAUGGAAGCAAUAAACAAUGUACUGAAGUCACACAAUCAAUCAGUAGCUGAACUGGGUUCCACACAAUCACAAAAACAAAACAAAAAGAGCCGUAAAAGCAAAACCACAAAAUCAAUAGCAAAAACAGACAGACCUCAGAGUAACACUCAAAACAGAAGUGUGGCACUCAAAAUGAAAGCAUAGCACUCAAAACAGAGCACAUUUGGCUUCCAGAAAAAGUUCGCAAUCGGGAACACUUACUUCCAGGUUUGCAGUGUUUCGGUUCCAAGUCGUUUGAGUACCAAGGCGUUUGAGAACCAAGGUACCACUGUAUUAACAAAUACGAACCAGGUUGGGUAGAUUGGGGAUAUUUAGUUGUGUGUAAAGUAGUGUGUUAAGGGAUGCAGGUGGCACUGUGGUCUAAACCACAGAGCCCAGGGCUUGCCGAUCAGAAGGUUGGCGGUUCGAAUCCCCGCAACGGGGUGAGCUCCUGUUGCUCAGUCCCUGCCCCUGCCCACCUAGCAGUUUGAAAGCAUGUCAAAGUGCAAGUAGAUAAAUAGGUACCACUCUGGCGGGAAGGUAAAUGGUGUUUCUGUGCGUAGCUCUGGUUUGCCACUUAUGCUGGCUACAUGACACGGAAGCUGUAUGCUGGCUCCCUCGGCCAGUAAAGCGAGAUGAGCGCCACAACUCCAGAGUCAUCCGCGACUGGACCUAAUGGUCAGGGGUCCCUUUACCUUUUAAAGUAGUGUUGGGGAAGGAACUCGAUUGAGUUCUCAUUUGAAGGUGAAUUUGCGCUUUCCAGAAUAACACACAAACCAAAACACAGCCACCCUUCAAAAUCUGCACUUCUCCAGAUUUUGCAGUGCAGUUCUUCAGCCAAGUAAUUUGUACAAAACUGCAGGUCCUGGGGCAAAGUGUGCCUACAAAUUCAUAUAUGGGUGCAAGUACAGUGGUACCUCGGGUUAAGUACUUAAUUCGUUCCGGAGGUCCGUUCUUAACCUGAAACUGUUCUUAACAUGAAGCACCACUUUAGCUAAUGGGGUCUCCUGCUGCCACUGUGCCGCCGCUGCACAAUUUCUGUUCUCAUCCUGAAGCAAAGUUCUUAACCUGAGGUACUAUUUCUGGGUUAGCAGAGUCUCUAACCUGAAGCGUAUGUAACCUGAAGCAUAUGUAACCCGAGGUACCACUGUAUUAGGAAAAUUGCAUUUCACAGAUGUACUUGUUAGGCAAAACAUGCAUACUGGGAGAAAUUCUCACCACAAACCCUGACAAGUUUUCAUGAGGACUUUAAAAAAUAAAAACGGUGAGCUGAUCUGGAAAUGUGGAGAACUGAAUUGAAGAUUAGGGGGGAAAAAUAUCUUAGGAAUUAGAAGACACUGAGAUUGACAGAUUUGUCUGCUCCUAGUAUAAAGGACCUAUAGGACGGCCCUGCCAUGUUCCACCACAAGUGCCUAAAAUGAAUAGCAGCCCGAAAGGGCUGAUUUUCACUGGUAUCAUAGCUAGGGACAAAAUAAUUAAACCUCUCCUCCCCUUUCACUCUAGUCCUGGUGAAAAUCAGCUCAGCUAUUAUUUUUUUAACAAAUCUUGAUGUAGUUUCUAACGAUGCAUUGAGCAUCAAAUCUCAUUUGACCCUAAUUGGCUUCCCAGUAAGACCCAACCAAAAAGCAGAACUUAUUGUGAAACUCCAUUUAGCAUUUCCAUCCAAGCCAAGUAACCGAUUCAACUCAUGCAUUUCUUUUUAGGAAGUGUGUUCUGCCUGACUUCCCUUAUUUACAGCAUUUGGUAAAUAAGAGAACAGAAAACUCUUUCCAGCUGCUGUGUAGUUUGACCUCCAACGCGUAACACUAAAAUGCUUAGCAUUUCAGUCAACCGUUAGGUUGCUUUUCAUUUUGUUGCAUGAGAAAAAAACCCCCCAAAUAAGUUGUAAAUAGGCUUUUAAGAAGUAUCUUUAAAAGAGGGAACAAAAUCAAAUAAACGUGUGGCAAAAGAGCUUCUAUCCCACUAUGGGAGACCGUGAAACAAACAAUAGUUAGAUGGGGUGGAGCUGGGCAUGAGAAGAGAGGAACUGGAUUAGACCAAAGGCCUGUCUGGCCCAACAUUCUGUUUCCCAUAAAAUAAUAUUAUUAAUUUUUACAUUUUUUAAUUUUAUUCAAGGGGUGAAAGGUGGGGUGCAUGGUUGUCCCGUCCCCAUUUCCCAGCACAACAGCUCUGUGAGGCAAGAAGACAGACGUCUCAGAAAAAUAAAUGAUCUGUUUUGAAUUUUGCAGAUUGCAGAAACAGUGAUGUGGAGGAAAAUAUUCCAGUCUGUUUUGGUAAGCUGAGGUCCAGGAGGUCUAAAUUACAUGCACUACAUCAUGUAGAACACUUCCUUUGUUUCUGAAUUCUACUAAUUACAGUUUGAAACUAAUCAGAAACAGAAAUACAUGCUUUGGUAAACUAUUAUUAUUAUUAUUAUUAUUAUUUGACUAGGAUGUCCAUACUCUCAUUGGAGAAAUGUGGGGCUUACUCUUAGGUAAAUAUGGACAGGAAUGUAGCCUUGGUGAUGUUAAUACUGAUUGAAACCAAAUGUCAAACCCAAAUAGCAAUCAAAUCAGUCAUGGAAUUCCGGAUCUUAUAUUGAUUCACAUCGACAGUAAAAUUAAAGCACAAACGUUUGUUAAUACCAUUCUCUCUCUCCCACCUUCAAGUUCCGGGCAUCAGAAUCGUUUAUGAUGUGGACAGAGUGAGAAAAACCAUUUUGGUGGAUAUUUCAGAGGCUGUUGAAGGCACAGAUUAUUACGUUCGCCUUUGCCACCAGUGGUUUCUUUGUGAAGAUGUGGGCCCAGUCGCCUUGGUAAGUGUUUGUAGGAAACUGAAAAUGGUCCACUUAGCACAUGGGUAGGAAAACUAAGGCCUGGGGCCCAGAUCCGACCCAAUUGCCUUCUAAAUCCAGCCCACGGAUGGUCCAGGAAUCAGCAUGUUUUUACAUGAGUAGAGCGUGUCCUUUUAUUUAAAAUGCAUCUCUGGGUUAUUUGUGGGGGAUAGGAAUUCGUUCACCCCCCCCAAUAUAGUCCACCCCCCAAGGUCUGAGGGACAGUGGACCGGCCACCUGAUGAAAAGGUUUGCUGACCCCUGACUUAGCAGAAAGAAAUGGAAUUUCCUAUGUUACUAAAGACAUCCAAAGGCCUAAUAUCAUUUUGCACCAUGUUCCUGAUGAAGAGGCCAUCUUUGGCGGGACGGAUGCAUGCAAUGUUUUGUCCUUGGUUGCUCUCUGUUUUCCUAUCCUCUUCUCUUCUCUUUCUUCCACCUUUCUCUUUGCUCUUUUCUUCCCCCAAUGUUGCCAGCAUCUUGAAACAUCUAACAGUGGAGGCUGGUAUCCCUUGAGACUAGUAGGGGGAAUGCAGAGAAGGCCCACAGGAAGUAGAGUCAGAGCCAAUGAUUGUUGUUGUUGUUUAGUCGUUUAGUUGUGUCCGACUCUUCGUGACCCCAUGGACCAGAGCACGCCAGGCACUCCUGUCUUCCACUGCCUCCCGCAGUUUGGUCAGACUCAUGUUGGUAGCUUCGAAAACACUGUCCAACCAUCUCAUCCUCUGUUGUCCCCUUUUCCUUGUGCCCUCCAUCUUUCCCAACAUCAGGGUCUUUUCCAGGGAGUCUUCUCUUCUCACGAGGUGGCCAAAGUAUUGGAGCCUCAGCUUCAGGAUCUGUCCUUCCAGUGAGUACUCAGGGCUGAUUUCCUUCAGAAUGGAUAGGUUUGAUCUUCUUGCAGUCCAUGGAACUCUCAAGAGUCUCCUCCAGCACCAUAAUUCAAAAGCAUCAAUUCUUCAGCGAUCAGCCUUCUUUAUGGUCCAGCUCUACUGGGAACUGGGAAAACAUAGCUUUAACAUCACAUCACUACUGGGAAAACUGGGAAAACAUAGCUUUAACUAUACGGACCUUUGUUGGCAAGGAUAGGCAGAGGCAAGUCAUUCCAGUUUUUGCUCCCAUCAUUGCCCUUGCUUUCUACAAAGGCAACACUGAGAUUAAGAAGGUGGUGGCAGUGGCUGACAGCCAGUGUCAUCCCUAAACUGGCGGAUGAUGGUUAACUGAGGACAGAGUGAGGUUGGUGGGACGCCAUAAUGGACCAGCCUCCAUUAACUUCUAGUCCUGAGCUUCAGAAAAAAAGGCACUCUAAAGCAGAGAUGGAGAAUUGGUGGUCCUCCAGAUAUUGCUGAGCUCCAAGUCCCAUCACCCUCCACCGGCUUGGCCAAUGGUCAGGGCUGAUGGGAGCUGUAGUAUGAAAAAAAAAAUCUGGUGGGCCUUAAGUUCCCUACCACUGCUCUAGAGGGACAAACUUCUUAAUGUAAAUAAGCGUAUGGCUACUUACAUGAGCAGGCUCUCCACUUCCAAUAGUCAUCUCCCACUUCAUGGUGGGCAAUGCUUAUGGUGCUUAUGGGGAGAAGGAAUAAUAAUAAUGAUGAUGAUGAUGAUGAUAUUAUUAUUAUUUAUACCCCGUCCAUCUGGCUGGGUUUCCCCAGCCACUCUGGGCAGCUCCCAACAGAAUAUUAAAAACACGAUAAAAGAUCAAACAUUAAAAACCUUCCUAAAACCUUCAGAUGUCUUCUAAAAGUCAGACAGUUUUUUAUUUCCUUAACUUCUGAUGGGAGGGUGUUCCACAGAGCGGGCGCCACUACCAAGAAGGCCCUCUGCCUGGUUCCCUGUAGUUUCACUUCUCGCAGUGAGACCCUCGGAGCUGGACCUCAGUGUCCAGACUGAACGAUGGGGGUGGAGACGCUCCUUCAGGUAUCCUGGGCCAAGGCCAUUUAGGGCUUAAAAAGUCAGCACCAACACUUUGAAUUGUGCUUGGAAACUUACUGGAAUUAGUCCAUUCAUUUCCAUGCCCCUUUGUGUUAGUUUAUCCAGUUUCCUGAACGUCUGGAGGGCUUAAGCCGAUAACACCAUGGAAGUACAUCAAAAGUAGCACUAAAAUUGUUGAGCCAUGCUUCUGUGCUAAAAGCCCAAGGACACAAGAAGACCCCUGCUAGAUCAGGCCAGUGCCCCAUCUAGUCCAGCAUCCUGUGCUCACAGAGGCCAACCAGAUGCCUAUGGGAAGCUCACAAGUAGAAUCUGAGUGCAACAGCCCUCUCCUCACUUGUGUUCCCCAGCAACUGUUAAUCAGAGGUGUAUUGCCUCCACAUGAGACAUGGGUGUCGCUGUGGUCUAAACCACUGGGCCUCUUGGGCUUGCCGAUCAGAAGGUUGGCGGUUUGAAUCCCUGCGACGGAGUGAGCUCCUGCUGCUAUGUCCCAGCUCCUGCCUACCUCGCAGUUCGAAAGCACACCAGUGCUAGUAGAUAAAUAGGUACCACUGUGGCAGGAAAGUAAACAGUGUUUCUGUGCGCUCUGGUUUCCUCAUGGUGUUCCGUUGUGCCAGCAGUGGUUUAGUCAUGCUGGCCACAUGACCCGGAAAGCUGUCUGUGGACAAACGCUGGCUCCCUCAGCCUGAAAGCAAGAUGAGUGCUGCAACCCCAUAGUCGCCUUUGACUGGACUUAACCAUCCAGGGGUCCUUUAACUAUAUUGCCUCCGAUACCGGAAGGAGAACAGCACAUUGAGACUUGAUUACUUCAUUUUGUUCUAUAUGGAGCUGCCCUGGACCUGGUCUGAAAGCUCCAAUAGGUGUAGAAUGCAACAGCCGGACUGACGAUGGGGAUGCAUGGCUGAGAAAUUGGACCACCAUUGUUAAAACAUCUGGACUGGCUGCCCAUUUGCUGCUGAGCCAGGUUCAAAGGCCUUGCGUUAAUUUACAAGGCCCUGAACUAUUUAUUUCCAGAGUACAUUAAGGGUUGCCUAAACCCUUAUAUCCCAGUUCGAUCACCAAGAUCAUCUGCCGACGCACCAUUGGUUGUCUCCCAAAUUGGCAAGGCUCACUGACAUCAACACAAAACACAGUCUUUAGUAUUAUUGGCCCAGGCCUGUGCAAUGAUUCUCUUGUCAAUAGAGAUUCAUCAGGCGCCUUCUGUUUCAAACUUUAAAAGCCUCCUGAAAACUCUUCUAUUCCAUCAGGCUUAUACAGGCCAUUAAGAAUACCACUUUCCAUAACUGUUGAUGGUCCCCAAUUUUGAUUUUUAUGUGUUUUUAUUAUAUAUAAAUAGCAUUGUAAAAUGCUUUUGUAUUUUUUCUAAAUGCAAACAUAGAAAGCAUUGAUAACGUUAUUCUCCAUGAGAAGAAUACAUGGGGAAUUUUCUGAAAGGUUAUUUACUGUGCAGAAAUACUUGACUUAUUGCAGGGUAUUUUACAAUUUCAGAUACAAGGGAAGGACUUGGUGAAACCAGUCUCUUUACAGUACACUCAGUUGUUGCCUUGUCUUUGUAUCGAGGUAAGUAUUUUCAACAUGGUUGGACAUGUAACCUGGUUAGAAAACGCAGUAACUAAUUGAAGGAACAUUAUUUCUGAGAGCGGGGCAAAGUCCUUGAGAGGAACACAACCAACUACAUGAAUGCAUUUAGUAAAGAGGGGCUUUGUGGAUAAGAAUUUAUUGAAAAAUAGAUUUUAAACUAGCUGGUUAUUUGAACUAAUGGAUCUUCCUGUUUGGAUUGCAGGCAUGGCCAGCGAUCCCCGACGCACAGAGAACCCAAUUGUGCCCAUUUAAAAAUGGCAAGUAAAAUAUGGUUUUUUUGCUCUUUUGAACAGACGCUAUGCUGUUAAAUGAUUGUUAAGGGGAAGGUGAAAUCACAGGUAGCAUGAUAGUAGGCUGUCCAAUCUGUUUUUGUCUGAAUUUUCCGCAGAUGUGAAUUUUACCUAAAAUACUUGUCCAGCGUAUCAAAAGUCCCUUAAAAAAUGACAAUAAUGGAUCAUAGCCCUGUGUCUGCACUCUCAUGGUAGACAGCAACCAGUGCCAGAUUUACGUAUAAGCUGAACAAGCUACAGCUUAGGGCCCCACUCUCUUGGGGGCCCCAAAAAUAUUUUUAAAAAACCCAACAACUAGAUGUACAUUUCCAAAAUAUAAGAUAAAAAACAAAUAAAACCUACAUACAGCAACAGUGUUUUGUGUUGUGUAGGCUCCUAUGAUGUAAGUAAUGGGCCCUGCCUGCUAGUCUGCUCCCUAAAAAACCAUUGUUUGCUCCUUUCUAUAUAUAGGGUUGCAUUUCACUAUUAAUAUCCUUCUUAUUAAUUGUAUUUCAGUUCAACAAUUACUUUGAUUAAAAUACAUAUUUGUAAUGUGCUAAUGGCUUUAGAUACCUAUUAGGUCCACAAAUUACCAUAUAGCAUAUAUUCAACCCAAAAAACAGCGACAAUUUGUUAUUGACAAAGGACAGCUGGACAUAGAAAGGGACCCAUUACCUUCAGUAGCUUAGGGCCCCAUCAAACCUAAAUCCGGCCCUGAUAGCAACAGAGCCACAUCUCACUCCCAGCCAACAAAAUGGUAGGUGCUUAUAGCUAGCUACCAUUGGGGAGGAGUUGAGUUCAGUAUCCCGGACACUUGAGCUAUAUAAUGUGCUUUUACGCAGCGGCGUAGCAUGGGUUGUCAGCACCCGGGGCAAGGCAAGUAAUUUGCGCCCCCUAACCCCUAAUCUGCCGCUGCUGCCAGCUUCUUCUCGCUGCUGCCUGGUCUGGUCUGGUGUGGUUCUCUCCCGCGCUCAGCGCUGCGCUGGGCGGCCGCUGCACUGUCCCUCCCCCAGAUAGUCCCUCGCUCUCUCUCCGCACCACACGCCUGGCACCCACCCCCCUCCACAGUGGGCGGCGACCCAGCGGCUCGGCUCGGAUUCGCACAGCCAGCACUGCAGUGAGAGAGAGUGAGUGAGCCAGGUAGGGGCAGAGAGCUGCGAGUGCGAGCGCGCCCCCCCCCAGAUGUUGCGCCUGGUGCGGCCGGCCCCCCCGCACCCCCCACGCUACGCCACUGCUUUUACGCAGCCUUCAUUUCCCUCCUAUGUUGCUUUUAGAUACCAAGGCCCUGUGGGACAACAUUAUUUAUAAUCCCAACACAAAAACACUGGAAUGGGAAGCAGCCUGCCCUGUCCACGUUACUGUCAGCCUUUGUCAGCUCAUGAAGACCAAUGAUCAGUGCGUUGAUCUAGAGAACACGGCAAAUAUCGCUGCAGAGAAAGUAAGCACCAAAGAGCAAAUAUAUGCACUGGGUCUAGUAUUUCUGCAUGUAGUCAUUGAGUGGGAGGGCAAACUUGGUUUCACCUGAAGAAGAACUUUGAAACAGUAAUUGGCCAAAACGCGUUGGUCUCCUUUGAAAACAAAUUUCUUUAUUCGUUCCCCACAAAAUAGAAUUUUUUUAUUGCUAAUUUUAAUAAUACAUUAUUUUAUUCUGAAAUAGGCAUUCUGAAUGCGUUUGAAUACAAGAUAUGUGACUGGAUGUGCAUAUUGGUACAUAUUUUUUAUUUAUUUUUUUAAAAAAAUUAACAUUCCAAAUUAUUACAAAUCAAACCAAAUUACUUUAAUUUAAUACAAUUCCUUAAAAUCAGGUUUCCUGAUCCUGUUGCAAACGUAUGUCAAUCAUUUCCUCCCGUAGCUGCAUCAUCUCUUAUUUAAUGUCCAAUUGUCAUCCUUCACUUGUUGUUAGUCCAUUCUCGCAGCUGACAACAUUUUUUUCACCUUACAAACAGCACCUCUGCUACAUUUUAUAAUUAUAAUAUCCAUUUCACGUGUGUAGUCCUUCAUAUACAUUGUUGUUCCAGACCUGGUGUGCUGGGAGAAUUAAUUACUAUCUUUCAUUGUUCAGUUCUUUGCAACGGUUAUCUUUGGUAAAGGUAAACCCGCUCUGAGAACCCACAGCUAAUUCUCCCCUGGCCUCCUUGCUGGCCCAAGUAGGACCAAUUCAGCCAGCUAGCCCUGGGGAUUAUCUAAUUGAUUUUUGAUUUUUGAAUUUUAUUGUCAUUCAUGUUUUUAUACUGUAUUUUAUGCUGUUUUUAUAAUUAAGUGUUUUAAAGUGUUUUAAAUUUGUUGUUAGCCACCCUGAGUCCGGUUUUUGAACCGGGAAGGGUGGGGUAUAAUUAUUAUAAUUAUAAUUAUUAUUAUUAUUAUUAUUAUUAUUAUUAUUUAUUUAUUUAUUAUUAUUAUUAUUAUUGGUACAUAUAUUUUUAAGUGGAGGACGGUACUGCAAAAUGUUAAGAGACUGGGGAAAAAUUGAAGGAUAAAUCUGUUUGAACAUUCCUACCCUUGUGUCCACAAGCUAUAUGCAGAUACACAUCAGUUUGAAUGCAUCUAGGAUGUGUUCGGGUGUGUGUGUGAACAAAGGUUCAGAGUAGGACACCACCUCUGUUCUUCAUGCAUUCACUAAAAAUGACAUCCACACGAGGCUUUGAUGUACACCAAGUCAACUUUUAGCUGUCAGUUAGUAAGUCAAAUUUACACCAAGUCAGGCUUAGCUUUCAGUUCAGUAAGAAACACCUUUGCAAUGUUUAUAAAUGAAUAAUCUUUCCAAUGUAUCUAAAAGCUAGCUAUGCCAAUGCCUGUUUUUCUCACGAUGCCAAUAACUCUCUGAUCAUUCUGUUUUCAAUCAGGUAAAAUAUUCUCGAGUUGAUGCACAGCCAAACCUUUGCAUGAAGGUAUAUUUUUUCCCUUGUACAUUAUUUCCUUAUGAAUCAUCCCUUUGCUCUACUUAUUAAGAGAAAUCUUGUGGCCGGGUCCUGUGGAAAAGCUACCCCUGUCCCCUCUAUGACUCGUAGGAUGGCCAUCAUUAGAAAUGUAUUGGCAGUUUGAGAAGCGGUUCAGAGAGCACUGGUUUUGUGAAGGCUGUAUUAUUCCAUUGGAAUUAUUUAGCUUGUUGGGAAGAAGCACCCAAAUCUAACCUCCCCCUAACCCCCAAUUCAUUAGAACAGGGGUUCCCAAACUGUGGUGCAAGGACUACCAGUGGUCUUCAAGUUUCCUUCAUGUAGCCCAAGGUGUGUCUGUGGCUUUGUGGUUGAAGACGGGACACAAGUCCAUUGCAUUCAAUAUCCAGGUUGAUUUUUGACCGUAAUUUUUUAUUGCUCCUUAAACAAUGAACAUUGUAUAAGGAGCAAAAAGGGACGCAGGUGGCGCUGUGGGUUAAACCACAGAGCCUAGCACUUGCCGAUCAGGUCGGCGGUUUGAAUCCCUGCGAUGGGGUGAGCUCCCGUUGCUUGGUCCCCGCUCCUGCCAACCUAGCAGUCCGAAAGCGCGUCAUAGUGCAAGUAGAUAAAUAGGUACCACUCCAGCAGGAAGGUAAACGGUGUUUCUGUGCGCUGCUCUGCUUCGCCAGAAGCGGCUUAGUCCUGCUGGCUACAUGAUCCAGAAGCUGUACGCCGUCUCCCUCGGCCAAUAAAGCGAGAUGGAGCGCCGCAACCCCAGAGUCGGUCACGACUGGACCUAAUGGUCAGGGGUCCAUUUACCUAUACAAUGCACAAGGAAUAACAUAACAAUAGAAAUGACAUCCAAAACCAUACAGCAUCUAGCACAGAACAUUGCAAUUGCCGCAACAGGUGGAAAAAUCAUUAAGUGAUCUGCAAAGACCCUCAGCAGUUUUCACGUGGUCCAUAGUGCAGGGCAAAUAUUAGGGCACUACUGUGCUAGUUUCUGCACAGCAGAAUCCUAUGGAUGUUGACUUGGAACUAAUUCCCAUUGUGUUUAAGAUAAAAGCCAUGGUUCCUCUAUUCAUCACUACAUUCCAUUUAGAAAUUCAGAUUAAGAUGAACAACAACAACAACCCCAGUGUAACUAAUCACUUCUUUUUUAAAACCCCUUUUUAGUUUGCAACUAAACACGGUUCUUGGGUUCGAUGCCCAUUUGCUCGUGGAAAUCCCCAAGGUAAGGUGAUUGCAUUCAUAAACAUCUUUCUACAUUUGUAAUGGCUCAAUGACAGUCAUAGCGGAACAAGCUGCUUAGGCUAUACCUGUGGGUUUUUUCUGUUUUGUUUUUCUAAGACCACAUCUGAAGGACCGUGAAUAAUGAGGAACUGUAUUCUUUGAAUUACGGUGUUUUCCUUGGUGUCCCUAAGGCGGUUGGAUGGUGUCUUGUACGCCUCCUUCCGGCAACUCCUAGCAGCCCAGCUGGUGCCAAAUUUAUUGCUCUGCUUUCCUUUGCACCACAUCAGCAAGGCCAAGAGGGGGUGGGUCUUGUUGUCUGGGCAGCCCAGGACCUCCAUACACCAGUGGUGGACUUUGGGCUCUCCAAUUUCAGUGGCACCCUGUGUGACACUAAAAUUCAGUGUCCCCAUCUCUUGCGCUCCAUUCCACAGCAUUGCUGUGGCACCUCCAGCACCAUGGCACCCAGUGCCACCACACUGGUCAUGCCACCCUAAAACCGCCUUUGCAUACACAAUGCCCAGGUCACUCCAGUGGUGUUAAUGCAGCAAAAACAAUGCAGGAGGCAGCAGUUAUGAGUUACUGGUCUCUGCAGCCACAGCAGGCGCUGUGAUUCUCCAGCAGUUUGCCUUCACCACCGGAGGCACACUCCAUUGUCUCUCGAGACAGGCGAAUGCCAACAAAACAGGUUGAAGCCUCAUUCCAAGAAAACAAUUGCCAAGGGCAGUUUAUUAAAAUCAACAUACUAAUUUGUAUAAUAUCUAAGCAUUGGUGCAGUGUUCGAUGCUGCUGGGUACAAGACGCACGAACCUCAUAAUGCGAUAGUUGUGAUUCGAGGACCCGUCCCCCGCUUGGGAAUAAUAAAGACACAUGGACACAGCAUAUUAGGUUCUCACAGCAUGUGAGAAGGUAUUGGCUUAGGCAUUGGACAACACCGAAUUUGACUUCACCCACUCGGAGAGGGGUGAGUCUGACAAGGGGUUAACCACCAGUAGGGGGAGCCUGUUGAUGCAAAUACAACUAUAAGCUCUCCCCUGAUGUCACCGGGGGUCGUGCCAUGGCCCCCCACCACACAGGGCAUCGGACAGGAUCCACGACCGCCAGAUUCCUUUAACGCAAUACCCAAAAGGUGAGGAGUAGGUGAUGGCCACACCUUGCCCUUCCAUACACCAACAACACAUUCCAAUGCCUAACCACCACCCGAGCCCAAGAGGCUCGCCGCCAAUACCCUCACAGCUGCAACCAAUCCCUAAGACUUCUGAUGAUGUUGGCCAGCCAUAUGUCGUUGCCGUGAUCUGAAAGAUGAACACCGUCAUCCCGGACUCAUGGAGAUCAGAAGCACAAUGGCAGUGAGAGCUGGCGUGGCCGCAUUUGAGCGGCUAAACCACACCCCCGUGGUGUCACCCGAGUGGGUGCCCAACUGGGAGGCAUGGCACGCCAGCAAUGAUGUCAGGGCAGGGGGCAGAACGCCCCCUGCGUGACGCGGGAAUCGGCUCCCGCUCACAACCCCUCCCCUCCGGAAGGAGGAGAGUCUUUGUGAGAUUAACUAAAGGGCGGACAUUUUGUGGUCGCCUCUGAGCUUCAGUGAUGAAGCUGGCUGAAAAAUGAAGCAAGUAUUAAAGGGCAAAAACAAAAGUGUCACUAGUUAGGAUCACUUCUCGGUAACGUAGAUUGCUUUUUUACUUCUGUUUCAGCUUGGGAAAUGAAUCUUGCUGUGAUGGACAAUAGGAUAGAAGUUUCCUUCAUGUCACAAGCUGCCGAGGCAAAAUUUUCCGUUCAUGUAUGCAACAAGACAGAGGCGUCUUUAUGCAACUCUACUGGAAUCCACCAGCCCAUCUCAGUGGUUUGUGCCAUUUUUAUUUCUCCUUUCUUACAAGUGAAUCCUGAACUCUUGAUCUACGUCUGUCAGAUCCUUUUAAGGCAAACAUUUUGAGAAGUGUGGCAUGCAGGAGAAUACUCAUUUGAGUCAGUGGGAAACAUACUGACUAACCCUAAAGACCCAAGUUAAAAAAAAGAGCAAGUUAGUACUACUGUGAGAUGGGAUAUCAUUUUUUAAUAAAAAACCCCCAUCAACCCUCAAGUACCAUUAUGGAAUUGAUACGUUCUGUACAGCUACGUUAUGUUGUGAAAUCAUGUAGAUUUUGAAUCACAGAGUUCCCCUUCUUUUGUUUUCGAAUGGUUUUUUCCACCACAUCCUCUCAGUGACUUUACAAUGAACAAUGAUUUGCACAGAGCACUUAGCGGAAAUAUCCUUCCAAUUAAAGUACUCCAAAAAAAAUUCCUAAAUGCUUGACUGACUAGAGAUUGCUACAUUUUGGUGUUCGGCGUCCUUUUAAAGGAAAGCACAUGACAGAUAUUGGCCACUGAGACCUGACUUCAAACUGAUUUUGAUAGAGCUCUGAUUCGCUGCUAAAGUUCGCACGAGGUACACAUCUUUAACAACAACAACAAGAAAAAGAAGCCUCUUCUUAAUUUGGAAAGAGGAUCAAGAUGAUGACAAGAUAGGCUUUGUGACUCCAAAGCUUCCAUCAUAGGAACCAGCUUGAAGUUUCCAAUGUUCUGUUAUCCACUGUAAUAUAAUAAUAAUAAUUUUAUAUUUAUACCCCGCUCACCUGGCUGAGUUUCCCCAGCCACUGUGGGUGGCUUACAGCACAUAAAAAAAUGGUAAAACAUCAAACCCUAAAAACUUCCCUAAACAGGGUUGUCUUCAGGAGUCUUCUAAAAAUCAGAUAGUUGUUUAUUUCCUGGACAUCUGGUGGAAGGAUGUUUCACAGGGUGGGUACCACCGCUGAGAAGGCCAUCCACCUGGUUCCCUGCAACCUCACUUCUCGCAGUGAGGGAACCUCCAGAAGGACCUCAGAGCUGGACCUCAGUGUCCAGGCUAAAUGAUAGGGGUGGAGACAUGGCUUUGAGAUGUUGUUGUUGACAUCCAUCUGCCUUGGGGGACAAUGGAGGAGUGUUUCUUUGGGGAUGAAGUUACAGCGCCUGCUGUGGCUGUAGAGACCAAUAUGGGAGAGACCUGUUUUGUUGCAGCUGGGCCAGAUGAAGGCAUCUGGUUGUACUGCUGCAGAUGCACCAUGGCGUUACUUCACUGUGUGCUCUUCCCAGCGGUUAUUCCUCCUCUGGUCACUGCUAUGGUUGCACAACCUUACCGCCUGUCUCCAGACACUGCGGUUGUCUGUAAGGGAUUCCCACAUGGCGGGGUUGAUGUUGCCAGCCUUCAACGACUCUCAAUGAAAGCAGCGAGAAGCACUGAGUCAUCACCUCGAACUGAGCAAAUGCAGAGCAGGGCAACCAAGAUUUGGUUUGAAAACCAAGCCUUAUGAGGAACGGUUAAGGGGGUUGGGUAUGUUUAGCCUAGAAAAGAGGAGACUGAAAGGAAAUAUGAAAGCCACCUUCAAAUUUCUCAAGAGCUGUAACACAGAAGAAGGAACAAGCUUGUUUUCUCCUGUUCUGGAGGGUAGGACUUGAUCCAAUGGCUUCAAGUGACAAGAAAGAAGAUUCCUACUAAACGUCAGGAAAAACUUUUGGACAGCCUCCCGCAGUUUCGUCAAAUUCAUGUUGGUAGCUUUGAGAACACUGUCCAACCAUCUCGUCCUCUGUCGUCCCCUUCUCCUUGUGCCCUCAAUCUUUCCCAACAUCAGGGUCUUUUCCAGGGAGUCUUCUCUUCUCAUGAGGUGGCCAAAGUAUUGGAGCCUCAGCUUCAGGAUCUGUCCUUCCAGUGAGUACUCAGGGCUGAUUUCCUUCAGAAUGGAUAGGUUUGAUCUUCUUGCAGUCCAUGGAACUCUCAAGAGUCUCCUCCAGCACCAUAAUUGAAAAGCAUCAAUUCUUCGGUGAUCAGCCUUCUUUAUGGUCCAGCUCUCACUUCCAUAAAUCACUACUGGGAAAACCAUAGCUUUAACUAUACUGGACUCCAAAUCCCAUCAUCCUUGACCAUUGACCAUACUGGCUGCAGCUAAUGGGAUUUGGAGUCCAGUAACAUCUGGAGGGGCACAGGUUCCCCACACUUGGAACUGGCACAAAAUCAGCAUGCUCCAUAGACACACCAAAAAGGCUGAAUGUCUUCAUCAAUGCAAACCACUGUGUUUUGUGGCACAGUCAAAUAAGUAUCAUAGCCAAAAAGGAAAAUGAGGCAUCUCUGUUGCCUUUGGGCUAAUGUGUGUUUUUUUGCUUUUGCCUCUUUCACAGGCUGGCUUGAGUUCAACGUAUGUCAACAUCUCAGGCAAAACAUGUGGAUCAGACAUCUGCAUUCAGGUUUGUCUUUUGUUUUGAAGGUCUUUUCUGUGCUAGCAUGCAAAUGAUAACUAGAGGGGGAAGUAGCACAUCUUCCCUAAUCAGUUCUUAAUCAUCUUAUUGCAGCAGCAAUGGCAAGACAUCUGGGGGGAGGAUGCAUUUACCGCCUUAGAAAAAUGUUAAGAGGGAGAAGCUACAUCACAAACACAACAUCCCUCAGGACACGAAUAGAUGGAUCAGAACAGUUGUAUGUGGUGAAUUUUUUUGUAGGGGAACAGUUAAGGCCAAAGGCAACAGCCUCCGUAAACUGGGCAGAAGAUUCCUGGACUUUGGGCAGGAGGUGCCAGGUCUCUGACAGGAUGCUGGAACCCUGCUUCCUCCUUCCCAAGGUCAGGAAGGCUUUGAGAAGGUGGCAGAAGGGCUCUUGGACCUGUCAGAGCAUUGCACCUCUCUCCCUAAACCUAAUCUGGGCAGAAGCUUCCUGGGCUUUGGGAAGGAGGUGCCAGGCUUCAAUACUUUAUUUUAUUGGGAGCAUUUAGGGGACUAGCCUAGUUCCCCUAGUCCACUGAUCGCAUGCCAUUGGAUCAGAAGUGGCUUGCUGGGUGGGUGAAGAUGCUAUGCUAGGUUUCUGGCAGGUGGGCCACUGUUGUUUACUGGGAGCGGAAAAUAGAGGCGUCACAGAGACGGACAGUGUGCAGAUCUCAGUUUGGUGUUCCUGCUGGUGCAUUUGCACCAUGCCAGCCUCCCCACUGCUUUGCCCCUCUCUCUCCUGAUAAGCAAUAGCAACCCACCUGCCUGGAAGCUACGGUAGUGACUUUGCCCCACCUUUGAGCUGCUUCUGGUAUGGGCAGUAGCUAAAUAUUAUAGUGUCAACACCUAUUUAACAGAUCUAACACUGCAAGAAAAUGGAGGAGUUACAUUCAACUGACCAACAAAACAAAACAAAACAAAAACCUGUGCUAAGGUAAUAACCUUCCUCCCUUUUUUUCUUUUAUAAGGGACGGAGGACAGACGUAGACUAUUCCAUUCCUUCACACAUCUGUGAUUUGCCCUGUAGUAAGUAUUGAUAAUAGUAUUGUAUUGGCCACUAUAGCCCAAAGCCAAGUAAAAUAAUGUGUGGUCUGCAGCCACAGUUGUCCUAUGUGGUUGGCCCUGGGCUUGUCUUGGUGGUGGAACCUACUGUGAUCCUAGAGCCUGUGAGAGGCAGGAUCAAAUGCUGUCCUUGCUGAUUGACAAUGUUCUCUUCAGCUAUUGAUUUGGCAUCACCGAGAACAAGGCGUGCACCCUAUAGCAAAUGUUCUAACGGAGACAACCCUCAUAUGAAAGGACUACAUAUUCUUGAAAUGUAUGUAUCGACUACAACGUGACGACAUUUUUUCUUUCCAGUUUCUGCUACUCGGAGUCAGGAACGUGAUGAAAAUUCCUUAAGCAUCCUAUCUCUAAUAGCAUUGCUUGUGUUGACUGUGACCAUGAUGGGCCUCCUGGGACAUAAACUUUUAUCAGGUACGAUUCCAUGUAAACAAAGCAUGCAACCUAAGUAUGUCAUGAAUUCACACAGCAGGGUCUCUAUAUUGUGACAGAGGGAUCUGUUCUGUUUCUUAAAAAGUCAUUUAUUUAUUUUUUUUAAAAAGGUUUGAUGUAGCAGUGGAAUCUAGCUUCCAGGUUGGGGUGUUCUGCUUAUGCAAGCCCUGGGGAUAUGGGAACACGCUGGCUUGGAGUGGCUUGGGGGAUAGUUAGAAGUAACAGCUCUUGGCUGGACCAGUACCUUGAGAUUUUGGCUUUUGAGUUUCUAUGGUAACAGCAUAUAAUUUGCAUAGGAAAUGAAAACCGGUAGCAAGUUUCCUCCUGGAUGUGAGAAUGAGCUUGUUUGAUGUUGCGUGGAGCCUGAGUGUUGCAAUUUUAGACAUUUGUGAAGAAGAACAAAUUGGCUCGGCCAUUGUUCCAUGUAUGAAAGCAGCUCUGGGUUCAUUGAAAUAGUUAAGCAAGCUGAAUACUCAGUGUAUGCAGUUUUUCCUCCCUUGGAGUUAAUAGGGAACUUUGAAAGAUAGGAAGAUUCACAACUUAUUCAUAUGUUCCCUUCUGAACUUUCUUUUUCAAGCAAGAAAUGUACAUGGAGUUGAUCGAACUCACUCACAGUUUCAAUGUUCUACCAAGCCUCCCUUGUAUUAAUAUUGUGUUAAUAUUAUUAAGACCAACUUGAACACCUAAGUUCAUCUGUUUUCCACAGACUGUAAAAUCUUGGCUUGGUGAUGCAACCUCCAGAACACAGAUUGUUAAUCAGCCAAAGGCCUGGUUGAAAAAGAACGUUUUCACCUGGCGCUGAUGUAUAAUGAAGGUGUCAGGCGAUCCUCCUUGGGGUGGCCAUUGCAGAAAAGGCCUGUUCUCAUGUUCUCAUCCUCCGGACCUCUUGUGGAGGAGGCACACUAUGAAGGGCCUCAGAUUAUGAUCACAGGGUCUGGACUCUGUCAUAUGGGGAGAAGCAGCCCUUGAAUUAUUGCAGUCCUGAGCUGUUUAAGGCUUGAUAGAUCAAAACCAGCACUUUGAAUUGGACCCAGAAAUUAAUUGGCAGCCAGUGCAGUUGGGCCAGGAUCUGUGCAAUACGCUCAAACUGUCUUGCACCAGCGGAAGUUUCCGAGCUGUUUUCAGAGGCGGCCCCAUGCACACAUAACACAUUACAAUAAUCUAACCUAGAGCAUAGCAUAGAUGACAGAUGUUAGACUAUCCCUAUCCAGGUAGGAGCAAGGGUAGGGCACCAGCCAAAGCUGAUAGAAGGCACUCUGAGGCCACCUGAGCCUCAAGUGACAGCAAUUGAUCUUGAAAUACCCCCGAGCUAUAUACCUGCUCCUUCAGAGAGAGUGUAACUCCUCCAUCAAGAGCAGGCAAGCUCCCAUCCAUCUGGUCUAGGGAACCACCCACUAACUGUAGCUUCUUGCACAAAGGUAAGAGUUUCAUCUGUUGCUCCCCCCACAUUUGUCUGCAGCUCUGGUCCUCAUUAGGGGUGCGGGUGGUGCUGUGGGUUAAACCUCAGGGCAGAUUUGCAUGAUUCAAGGAACUGCAGAAUUGAUUCUCUCAUCCAUUUCUGGUAAGAUGUGCAAGCUGUAACCUCUCCUUGUAAGGAAGAGAUGCAAAUAAAAUACCCUCCUUGCACAAACAAAAACCACAAAAAGACACAUGAGUCACUUGCACAUCUUCUUUUCAACACAUAAUGUAAUGUGCAAAGCAACCUUCAAGAUGCCAUCUUCAGAAAACAUGUUCCUUAAAAUGCCAGUGCGUUCCAGGCAUCCUGCUGGUUUCUGCCUUGGAUUGUCAUUUAGGAAACAAAAAUACAUAUCCAGUCACACUUAGGAAUGGUGGGCUGAUUCAAAUAUGUGAGCCUUGGUUCUGGUAAGUUAUUGCUUCAUUGUUUGAAUAAGUGAUGAAUAGUGAUAUAUAAACUUUGUCCUUAUUGCUUGAUCUGCAAGUACUGUUUUGUAACUGCAACCCGUCAUUUGAUGUUGCCGUUGUUGACCUAAGUUUGGCAGAUCUCAGGGCGUGGCUCCAUCAAGUGGCCCCUGAAGACAUGUUUCUACAAAACUUCCUUUGCUUCUUCUUGGCAAACUGUUUCUUAACUGGGCUAGAUAAAAUGUGAUGUUGUGUUUAGCAUGUUGGACUAGAACUGGGGAGGCCCAGGUCCAUAUCACCACUCAGUCGUGAAGCUUACUAGGUGACCUUUGGCCAGUCACCAUUCUUCAGCCUCACCUACUGCACUGAGCUGCUUUGAGGAUAAAAUUGGCAGAGGGGAAACGAUGGGCCUUGCCCUGGAAGGAAGACCAGGGUAUCAAUAUUGUUACAAAGGUUGCGCACCACCUCCAGUCUCUGCUGAGCAAAAACAAGAUUCCGGGGGUUCCAGGCACUCAACCAGGGUUGUGUUUCCACUGGGAAAAUCGAGAUGCAGUGGAGGCUAGUACCUUUAAGAAAUAUGGCUCAUUUUACACGCAUAUACACCUAAAGCAGCGGUUCUCAACCUGUGGGUCCCCAGAUGUUGUUGGACUACAACUCCCAUCAUCCCUGAGCUCUGGCCUUGCUAGCUAGGGGUGAUGGGAGUUGUAGUUCAACAACAUCUGGGGACUCACAGGUUGAGAAAGGCUGACCUAAAGUCUUCUGUGGAGGGGUUGCAGAACAUUAUAUUCCUAGAGUGGCUCUCAUUGCUGCUCUCAUAGCUUUGGCAAGCUUGGGUCUAAAACAGUCGUCAGUCAUGGCUCCCAGUCUCUCAGUGUAGCCUCUUCCAGCCAACACCACAUUGAGUUCUGCCCACUUCCUCCUUUUUGUUCCCAGAACACCUCUGGAUUUUAAGAAGGAUGCAUUUUUCUGUCACAUCCUGCCCCCUGUCACCUUGGCAACCUCCCAAAUCUCCUGGUCCCAUCCACUCCUUGGAGCAGGGGCAAAGGAUAGCUUUAUUCAAUUCCAGUUGCCCUUAAUGGCCCAAUACCUGGUUUUCCAUGGUUUUUCAAUGGUUCUGCAUGUAGCUAGAAUCCAGAAAUUUCUUGUCUGGCACAGUACUGCAGUUUGUGUUUUCCCUUUAUUUCCCAAAUAUUAUCUCAAUACCACCAUUUAUUAAUUUCAACCAUUCGCUUGACAGGCUCUGGUACCUUAGAUCUAUGACGAGAUAACUGAAUAAUUUGAGGUGGAAGAUUAACUGCUACCAUUUGUUUCCCCUUCCAGUUUUUCACAAGGAGAGUCACAAAGAGAAAUGCACAGCACAAACCAAAAUGCAGAGGUGAGUGUACAUUUUUUUUGGUAUGGCUUCUUGUCAUUCGGAAGACACUUUGCUUGCAAGCCCCCCCCCCAAAUUAAUCUAGAAGUCAAUGCAACACCAUGUCUUAGAACUGGGGAAGAAAAUCUCACUCUUUCAUAACCUUCUAGUCAAGUUUUAAACCCUCUUCUGCUCAGAGAAGCAAAAAUACAGGCAGUACAUGAAAAUAUCUGUCACAGAUUUGAAAUACUGCUCUGAGUCAGCCUGCCGAAUUGGGGCGGGCUUGAGGGAACAAUCAGGCUUCCCUCAGGUCCACUCCUGGGGGAUUUAAAACAGCCCACACCAGCCCCAGACUCCCAGCCCUUCUUCGUUGGAUCAACCCACCCAUCUACUUGGGUAAUUUUGCAUUUACUCAUUGAAUUGACCUUGCUAUGGCUGCGGUGGUCGCCAUAUUUGUGGUGCCAAGAAAGGAAUUGGCUAUGACCUGGAGGUUUUGCCUACCACAUAGAAUCAUCAUUGGCAAUUUAGGCAUUGGGCAACCUUAGCCUUGGUUGGAGGGGGGUGGUGGCAUUGUCUAAAACAGGGAAAGGGAACAUGUGGCUCUGAAGACGUUGCACUCCAAAUCCCAUAAGCCCCAACCAGCAUGACCAUUGUUGAGGGAUGAUGUGAGUUGGAGUCCAACAAAAGCUGGAGGGCCAUAGGUUCCUCACCCCAGGUCGAAAAAAGAAACCAUGAUUAAUACUAUCUGCUAAUUUUGGCAGAUCCAGUUAAGUUCUGGAACAUGGACUGAUAAAAAAAAAAAGUUGUCAACAAAGCCUAAAACACACUACAGUGGUACCUCGGGUUACAGAUGCUUCAGGUUACAGACGCUUCAGGUUACAGACUCCACUAACCCAGAAAUAGUAUCUCAGGUUAAAAACUUUGCUUCAGGAUGAGAACAGAAAUCGUGUGGCGGUGGCAGCGGGAGGCCCCAUUAGCUAAAGUGGUGCUUCAGGUUAAGAACAGUUUCAGGUUAAGAACGGACCUCCAGAAUGAAUUAAGUUCUUAACCCGAGGUACCACUGUAUCCCUUUUUUUAAAUGGUGAAAAUUCUCCCCAUCUGACACCUCUUUCUCUUUCCUCCUCCAGCAUGAAGAGCACCUGUUCUUUGCAUUUAUGAAGAAAAGCAAUCAAUUUAGAGGAACAAUUUCAACGGCCUUCUCAAUAACUGUGUUACUUCUCUUGGGGCGAGUUGCUCUUACUUUGGUGAAUAGUUGCCACAUGCCAGUAAUUCUCAUUGAUUUCAAGGACUAUUCACGAGGUCAAGUUUUUUGAGGGCAAGCCCAUACUUACAAAGCGGCCUGGAGGGAGAGAGAAGAGUGCAAAACAGUCUACAGUCAGUUUUGAUCUUCGGAAUUGACGGAUGUGCUCAUUAGAUGUUGCAGUACGUGCUGUGGGAGCUGCUUUGCCAUAGAUUCAUCCCACAGCGUUCUUGCAAACAUUCAAAGGUCCACAGCCACCAGGGUAGGGACCUGGGCAGCUUGGAUCUUUCCUACAGAAUCAUCACCCUCCCUCUUGGUAGGUUGGUAGUUCCAUGAACUUCUGAUGGGCUUUUAAACAUUUGUGGCAGCUUUGUGGGAUAAGCCAAUGGAAAAGUGUUUCCACUGUGCUUCUGUCAUGCGUGAGGGACACAAAAAGAAACUCCCCUGUGCACAGAUGGUGUACUAAGGCCCCAUCUGCACUUUAAAACAGUAACAUACCACUUUAAACCUGGUGAACUAUAGUUUGUAAAGAAUUGUACUCUGGGAAGGGAAGAGGAGUUUUCCUACAACGCCCAGCCCUCUUAACAAACUACAGUUCCCAUUAUACUGUUCUUGGCUGUUUAAAAUGAUGUGAUAUUACCUUAAAUGUCUUCCUCUUUGGCGAUCAUUUGCAGCCAAGUACUUCCAUGAACACGGUCUUAACAGUGAGUCUGUAAGUGACCUUGGAGGCCAAUUCUGGAUCCACACAGUGGAGAAAUAGGUUUCUGGGUGGGAGUUGAUCACGGUGAGGGUUUGCCAAGCGUGCCUUCCUCUUAGCACGUUUCUCCCUUUCGUCCUGAGUUCAAGCGUCUUCAAAGUCCAUGACAUCUUUGGUGCCUAAGUUUUGUUAUUUGAAGGUCAUCCCAUUUAUAGUAUGUCACUUUGUUAAAUCCAAGCACGUCCCAGAAGUUAUUGAAUGGAAGAGAUUUUGUUUGGAUAUUUGUUAUCUAUUUUAUUGUUUGUGUCCCCCUCCUCCUUAUGAGCUGUUACUUUUUAUUACUGAGAAAUAAAAAGCUCCUGUCUUGCCAUGGACAGAAACCUAACCCUUAGACAAUUCUCAGGUUUGAAUUUUUCUACCUGGAGAAAGCAUGCAUUGUUUCUGUGAUUGAAGCACUCAGCAAAGUUAUUACGAAGCCAGCUCAACUGCAUUUUCUGGGACUCGCUUUUGUUGAAAUGCAUUCAGCAUCCGGUUUUAAUUCUUUUCCACAGAGUUUGUGAGAGCCUGUUACAGAUUAGUAGACUCUUUCUGUGAUAGCCUUAGGUUUAUUUUCUAUCAUCUUAGCUAGUGUCGUUGAGUUGUUUUUUUGCCAGCACUUUUAAAUGCUCAGAGACACUGUGUGUCACAGAGUGAGCUGGUCAGUAAAUCACACAGUUCAAAAACACGACCUUCACAGAGUUGGCCUAGUAAGCAAAGCAGCUUGUUCCCUGUAGGUCUUAUUCCAGGAAACCAGUUGCUGAGACUAAAGGUCCCCGUCUCCCCAAGCCCUGCCUCCUCCUCUCCAGGGCUUCUUCCAACCUAUCAGACAAACAAUCAGAGACUGAGCCUGCAUGCAGCCAGUCUCUCUUCCACCCUUUUCAUGUCUCUUCUGGUUCUGGGAGACAAGCGGUGAGGGGAGCUUAUCUCAGCAGGAGUGGGAGAUACCUGUGACUCUUCAUCUGUCUAACUCAUCUCUGCCUCCUGACUUCUCCCACUUGCCUGCUUUAGCUGCUGCUGCUGCUGCUGCUGCUUCUUCUCCUCCUCCUUCUUCUUCUUCUUCUUCUUCUUCUUCUUCUUCUUCUUCACUUCUCUCUGCCACAGUCUCCCCCAGCUCACUAAGCCCUGUUGCCUCUUCAGCUUCCAACACCUCCUCUUCCCUGUCUUCCCCCUCUGACCACUCAUUGUUGUCCCAAUACCACUCCUCCUGUGGAUGCAAUUGAAAAAGAAUGAGAAAGGACACUGAGCCAGGCUGUUCCCUUAUAGAGUCCCCCCACAGAUCCAGAAUCACCUAUAUUCUUCUUUCCUAGAUAUACUUGAGGAAACCCCUUCAUUGGCUUCAUCCACAUGGGGAAAUUGGGUCUGUCAUCUGUUUGCCAUUUAGAAUUCCUAACGUUACUUAGAAAUCUGAAAGAUAUAAUGACAUGUUCUUGUUAUGUACCAAUCCCAUUAUUUAUAUGAGAAUAAUACAACGAACGCUACAAAACACCAACUGUUUGUCGUUUAUUUCUUCUACUGAAGUCCAAAUUCCUGCCAGGCACACCUCAUUUCUGAGGCGUAACAAGGAGUGAAGUUAACAUGCAUGAAGAUGGUGGAGCUUAAAAACCUGUGUGGGAUUCUGUGAGGGGACUGUUUAUUUAGGCCCCCGGAAAACAUGGUGAGGAGCAUGAGAAGCCUUUCCCAUCUGUAUGAAAUUUUGUCUUAGUAUUCUCAGAGGGUGCAUUUGGGAGAAGCAUGUAAAUUAAAGACAUCUUGUUGCUGAU